AGAUGAAAUUAUGUUUUCCGAUCUUUGUUGUCAUGCUCACGACUGCGGUGGCGACUCCUUGUAUGUUCAACAGUAUGUGUACGUGCAAAACGGACGAAGCAUUAAAAAUGCACAUUGCGUGCAUUGCAGUUCCCUUAUAUACAAUACCAGGUAAGUAAUACAAAAUAAAUGCAUAUUAUUAUUUUACAAUUAGCAUAAAGAUAUUUCAGUUUAAAAAAAAAAAUAACGCGUAUAGACUAUAGGGAUUAUAUUACCGGAUGUUGUUUUGUUUUUCAAUGUUUCAUUCUACGUCUUCUUUUUCAACUACUAAUAAAUAGCCAGUAAAUUAUUCUAGAAAAUAUGCAAUUUUGUAAAUUAGAAAAUGACUUAUAAUAAAAAAAAAAACAAAACUCAGAAUCAAACAAUUUUUCAGAAAUGUAAACGUAUGAAAAAAAAUUAAACGCUUUUAAACGUAUGAAAUCAAAAUCUGAGCACUUUUACAUUUAACUGUUGAAAAACAGUAUUUCAGACACAGUAAAUAUUUUAAUAUAUAUUUUUUUUUUUUUUACUGUCAUUUAGUUUCAUUUGGUUUCAAAAUAUUCGUAGAGAAUUAAAAUUUUGACAGAAAACAAUAUAUGCUUUUUCUAGCUGUGGUAAAAUUUUUAAAACAUUUGAGUUAUUUUUUAACUGUCAUACUGUGUCAACUAUGUCAACCAUUUUGUCGUUAAAAAUAGGACAUUUUUUGUAUGAAUUUCAGUAUCAAAUUUUAACAAAAAUCUUAAAUAUUGCGGUCUUUUAAAACAUGUAUAACAAACUUCGCUUCAAAUCUCGCUUCGUUUUCAAUGAUUUAUCGUUGCUUACAAGUAUAAAUUAAAUAAAUUUAUGUAUCCUAUCUUCCCAAGUGCCUAUUCACAACAAUCGUACACCCGUCCACAUUACCAGCUCUUUUUCAAAUUUAAUAUUUUUGCGAGCGAAUAAUAGUUGUUAGAUAAUACACAUUAUAUGAUACAAAAUAUUACAAGAAUAAAAAUAAAUUCCCAAAUAUUGUUUAUCCUUACCUUUUCGAAUUAUUUACAUUUCACUUGUUAUUUGAUGGAACUUAAACGAAUUUAUUUGUUAAAAAAAAAAAAAACCUUUCUAUAAAACGGUAUGGUUCCACGACAAUAGACCGAAAACAUAUAAAUACAUAAUAUUAAACUAAUAAAUAAUUAAUUAAUUAGUAAUUAUACUUGAUAAAUGCUUGUAAUGAAAAAUUGAAACAUGCAAUAAAAAAAUUAAAAAUGAUUAUAAUAUAUUUUAAAUAUUUUAAAUAAACUAUAUUAUAUUGUAUAUUUUAUCAGUCAUACUUGUGAUCACAAAUUGUACGUGAUUGCACCAGUGACCUAUGUUUGACGCUAUAGUAUCAGAACAAAAUGUUGAUUUUUUUAUUUUAUAUAUAACAGGGGACCACUCUAGUCGGCAUCUUAUCAUAGUCGUUAAAAAUUCGAACUAAAUGUCAACAAACAAUGACCAUUCACUUAUUAUACCUCCAGAAUUAUCUUAAGUCUCAACGGUAUGCUUUUUAAUGUUUUCGUCUACAAAAUUCACUUCAUUUUGAAUUGUGUUAGCAAUGUGAUUACGAUCGGAAGGGUCUUUAAUAAUUCCAUCAUGUUUUAUAUUAAACGUCUUUUAAAUAGUUCACCUUCUAAAUAGUCGUUUAAAUAGAAUACACUGCCAACAUUCAACAUCGUUAUGAUUUUUUUUCUUUGUGAUAUAGGAAGCAAGUUCCUGGAAACUAUUUCACUGUAACUGACGUUUUCCUUGCUGUGACUAAAUAUACUGCAUGUUCGAAAAAUAAAAACAUUAAAGCGUUACACAUUCGCAAUAUUAGAAGACCGCUAAAUGACAAAAAUCAAAUUGUAAUCGCGAACUUAUCGAAUCCUAAAAUAAUAGACUGCAGUUUUCCCAUAGUGCCUAUAUAAUAUAUUAUACUUUUGGCCUGUGUAAAAUAUUUAGAAAACGAAAAUUGAAAAAUAAUUCAUGAAAUGUUUGUACAAAAUUUAAAUUGACGGAUAUUUCGCUUUAUGUAUUUUCACUCAUACUUGUAUUCGCUCAUUUGACUUUCGCGCAUUUGCGUUCGCUAUUUUACUUUCAAUCUAUUAUCGGGAUACCACAUGUCCACGUGUGUGUUACAUACAUAUAUAUUUUAUACGUAUGUACAAUACACAUGGCUAAAUAUUUUUGUUGCGUACUUAGUAUUUUGACAUACGGAAUAUAAAAUAAUAUUAGAAGUAUGCACCAAAAAACAGUUGUGCAUUGUUUGUGUGUGCCAGACAAAUAAGGAACAAGGAAUAAGUAUUAAUUUUACAUUAUUAAUAAGUACUGUUUAUUAUAUUAUAAAUGUAUAAGAACAAUUAUUCAUUAAAAUUAAAACAUAAGUUCUCGUCAAGUUGUCCCCUCCAAAACAGAUAUAGAUAAUUUAUAAAACAAACUUUAUUUUUGUUUAUUAUCAUUUUUUUUUUUAUAAAUGUAAUACAUUGUUAAUGUAAAUAUAAUGCAAGUAUCUAAAUGGAUUUUUUUAAAAAUAUGAAACGUGUAAUCAGCUUCUUCGGAAGUUCACCUAAUAAUAAUAUAUUUUAAGCCUGAGCUUCAUAAAUUAGCUUUAUUAUAAUUAAAAUAUAAAUUGUUGUAUUACUUAUACCUACGAUACAAACAUGUAGUACCCACUAUAUUUAAUAAUAGAUAUAUUUUUACUAAUGAGAAACUACGAGAUAUUUUAUAAAAUAUUGUUAGUUUCUUAGUAAAAAUCAAAAAAAUCGAAAAAUUAUUUGUAACAAGUCACGUUAUUUCCGUAUACUGACCAAAAAUCUGUAAAAAUGCAACCACUCAUCUCAAAAAAUUUUGUUUUUGGAGGAGUAAUUUUUUGAUUAUUCUGUUCACAUAAUAUUGUAAUAUCCGGAGGAAAGUUUAAUUUAAACGAAUAAUCCGCGUUUUUCAUAAUAACAUUGAAGGAAAAAAUCAUCUUUAGGAGGAUUUUUUUCUAUAUAAAUAAAUGCGUGAAAAUAAUUUUAAAAAUCAUAACGGCUAAUCGAUUAUGCAUAUACAUUUUGAAAGUAAUAGUUAUAUUAUCAAUAUUCUUCUCACUUUCUAAAAUUAUUCUUCCACUAAAAAUGUAUAAUUUUCAAGUAGGUUUUUAAACUAACUUUGUAAAGGAAUGAAAUUCUUAGAUUACCACCUUAAAAAUUAUUUCAGAUUCUUAACGUACAUAUCAACCCAUUCCUCACUAAGAAUUAGCUUGAAUAUGGCAUGCUCAUUUGUAUAAAUAUAUAUAUAUAUAUAUUUUUUUUUGUGUGUGUGUCUCUGAACACCCUUUCUAACAAAAAUCUUGUUCCAAUCAAAAAUAGUUACAAAAAAACUUUUUUGUUGUAUGUUGAAUAUUGUUAGGCGGAUGUAAUUUUUUUUUUUUUUUUUUUGAUUUUCAAAGCGGUUUUUAGAAUAAUUUGGAAUAAAUGAGAAAAAGAACAUAUAUUAAUACGUAAAUAAAAUAUUUAUCGCAUUAUAACGAUUUCAUUAUUUUAAACUUGUUCGAUUUUUGUAUUCUACCAGCAACCAUACUCCGAAUUUCAAGAGUAACAUCUUUUCUGAAACACAUUUUGUCUAUACCCUGUUUCAAAAAAGAACAUAUCGCUUUCACGACCAGUUUUCGUUCGGCGGCGCGCAUCUCAACCAGGUAGCACCGGUUAAAAAAAAACGAUAUUUCUUAACAUGGAUCUAACAUGAAUAAGACGGGUGAUAUUUGAUAGUUGAAAAGUACCGGUGAAAAAACUUUUGAAAAAAAAAAACACGAAACUGUAGGUCAUUAACAGUUUUAUUCUUUCCGAUUUUUGUUGUUAUUAUGUUAAAAAUAAUUGUAGAGGCCUGAAAUUUUCUCAGAACAUUAGUAUAAACCCUUUUUGGACGUAGUAAACAAUUUUAAUGCCAUUUUGUGAUGUUUAAAUGCACUUUUAAUUGUCGAGUGUUUUAAAUUCAAAUUCGUAAAUGGUAAAAGUUACAACAUUUCUAUACUCGUUUAAUUGAACUUCUUUCAGAAUUAUAUUUCGACACAGGUAUAUAUUAAAUAAAUUCAUGUACCUAUUUUACCGUUUAAACUAUUUUGGUUUCAAAAACGUAUUUUUGAAACACAUACAUAUAUUUUUAUGUCGAAAACGUAUUACAAAAAUGCUUUUUGUGUAGUUCAAUAAUUAUUACAUAGUUGUAUUUGUGUUUUUAGAAGUACCGCCAGAUACUCGAAUAAGCCACAUGGACGUUAUGUCAUCGGACAUCGAAGCUGUCGAAAGCGAUAUACUUCAAAACACGCGUAUCGAAUCGCUACGGUUGAUGAACAACAGAAUAGGAAUUAUUUCUGAAAAAGCAUUUCAGUAAGUAUGGCAUACUAUUUUUUUUUUUUUGUCAAUAUAAUAUUCCUUUUAUUCAUUUUUAAAUUUUAAACCGGGUAUCAUUAACUGUGUGUUUACCAAUAUACUUUCUUUAAUUUGGCCAUUAUUAAUUAUAUUUGUGUUUUAGAUCAUUAUUUUUUUAAAUAUAUUAUUAUUUGGGUAUUCGGGUAAAUCAAAUAACUUAUUUUAUAUAUAUAAGAUUAAUAAACAAAACCGAGUAAAGUAUGUAAAUAUAGAUAUCAAAAUAUUAUGUUGUAUAGGAUAAAAUGUAUUUACUGCAAAGAUACACUACACACAUAUUGAGAUCCACUCACAAAACUAACAUAAUUAAUUAUAGACUAUAGGUAUCUCGUAAUCAUAUUUAUUUUAUUUGUUAUUUAUGUUUAGAGAAAAAUCCGCUUUUAAAGUGUAAAUUUAAAAAAUUAAAUAACAUUUUAUUUAUAGAAGCUUAACAAGUAUAAAAAUUGUACACAGAAAAUGUUUAAUAAUAAAAAAAAGGAAAAAUAAUAGGUAUAAUCAAAGUAAGAGAAAAGCAAUAUGAAACGUUAAAUUACGCGGUUAUUUAAAUACCACAGGUUAUAAUAUGGAGAUUAUAUUUAUUAGAUCAUUUUAUGUUUUACAAAAGUUUAGUAACUUGUGAAGUUAUUAUCAAUUCUGCGUACACGAAAAUAUAAUUAUGGUGCAUUAUUAAACCGUUUGCUUUUGCCAAAUAUAAUUUGUAGUUUUACUGUCUAUUGCAGUAAUUCGUUUUACGAAUUUGUUAGCAUAAAUAAUGUGAAUUAUAAUAUAAUAUUGUUUAUGGUGUUUAAAUCCGAUACAUUAUGGAUUUUUUUUUAAAAAAAAAGAUAAUUGGGCAAGUUUUGGUUUUUUGAAAUCGAAUCGAGUUUUGUCAAGUAUUAUUUUUUAAGUUGCGUGUUCGAAAAAAUUAAAAAUCUUAAGAGUACUAAAAGAAAAUUGGGUCAAGUCAAAUCGAGUACUCUACUCGUAUCAACUCUAAAAAUAGUAUUCAUAUUUUAUUUUGAACUAGCUGUAUUAUCCGGUUUUACCUACCACAGUGUAUAAUAAAAAUAAGAUUUUAAAAAUACUAAAACCUUUCUCCCCAUGGAAAUAAUUAAUGAUGAAACAAGUAAAAAAAUACGAUAGUAUUUUUUUCGUAUAAUCUAUAUGAAACCAGAAAUAAACAAAAACAAAAUAUUAAAUUUCCCAUUCAAUUAACUCUCUAAAAGGCUAGAACUAAUAAUGCUAAUCAUUUGCUAUGACAUUUUCAGCGAAAUAUGUCGAGCAGUUUAUGAGUCUAUCAACAAAAACCAUUUAACAAUUGCAUUUUACAUUACAUAGAAAUACUCUACUUGGGUCGAAAUUUUUCAUAAGUAGUAUUCAUUUUUCAUUAAAAAUAUAAAUCACUAUUCUUAUAGGAUUAGUGGAAAGUAGGUACGGAGCUUAAUUUUAGAUUCCGAGCGUAGCGAGGGAGCUAUUGGUUUUACAUUGCUAUUUAUUUAUUUCAUUGUUCUAGACUAUGGACACGUUUUUUUCCCAGUAAACUUGCUCCGAUGUAUAAGUUUAAAGAGGUAAUUUUCUGAUUUUCAACGCCAUCUUUUAAAUAAAAGCAUUUAAGUAAAAAACAUAGGAAAAAGUACAAUUUCACGAUUUCAUUAUUGUAUAAAAACACGGACGACGUUUUUUACCAGAAAAAAAUAUUUAAUCCAAAAAUCACAAAAUACCUAUUUUGUUGCCUUUUUGAUUUCCUUUCGUAUGGUAUCGUUGACAAAACUGUUGAGUCAUUUUUGAGCUUUUAAGGAGUUUAAAUUUGUUUUCCAUAAUUUGGCUAUAAAUUUACUUAGGGGCUUUAAACUUGGUAAUAACACUUAUAUUGGACUUACCUAAAGGUGGUAAAAUUUUGAAAAUAAUCUGACGGCUUUUCUUUUUUUAUAAGAUUUUUAAAAUCAAAUUUAAAUUUCGAAAUUCGCAAGAAUUAUGUACUUCCGAACUACGCUCGAAAUCGUCUUUUGUUAAGCAGUAGUUUAUCGUUUUUUAAAGAUAUAAAUGAAAUAACCUUAUGUAUCCUUAUCUUCCUAAUUUUCCACCUAAAACAAUGGCCGCUCCCAUCCCCAGUAUCAGCUUAUUUUUUUUUUUUUUAAUUUGGAUAUUAAUAUCUAUUUUGAAAAUGAUUAUAUUUUGAAAAUUACAAAUCAUUAUGUUUAUGUAGUAAAUAUAUAUAUUUAAUUAGUAUACAAUUUUGAAAAUGUAAAUAAGAUUCAACAAACUAUUCUAUAACGAUUAAGAAAAUCAAAAUCGUAUAUUUACUUAAAAUAAUAACCAACAUAAUGGAAUACCCAUUUUUAACAAGAUAAAACUAUAAUAAAUUAAUGUACAGGACGGUAUAAAUUAUUGUAUAUACCGUUUGUUUAAUGACUACUUAAGGUUGCCUACAUAUAAUUAAUUAUUUGGAGUUGUUUGGUUCUCAUUUGGUCCGUAUUUAUUUUGAUACUGAAUAAUAAAAACACUGCAACGAAUUAUAAAACAAAAAUUAGCCUCUACGUAUAUACAUAAAUGUACGGUUUGUCAGGUUAAUGAAUGUAAUAUCAGUUUAGUUAGUUGAAAACAAAGUUAACUAGUUGACACGUUAAAUGUUAAUUGCUCUUAAAAGUUGAGUUGAAAGUUUAUUUGAAAAUUGCAUCAAGUUACAUAAAUUAUGAAUAAAAUUGUAUUGACUCCGUAAAACCGUUCGAAAAUUAUAACACGAGAUUCAACAUAUUAAGUUAUAGUAUAAGUGUUGAUUCAUUGAUACAAAACUGUUGAGCAUAUUAAUUGUGUAGUCGUUUUUUUAUAAGGGUUUAAGUUAAAAUUCUUACGAAAAUCAUUAAAAUCACACAAAUUUCUAAAUAUUUUCAAACAAACUUUGAUAAGAAUCAUUUUUAUUAGCAUUUAUAUUAAAUAAAGUAAAUAAACAUAUACAUAAAAAUAAAAUAAAUAAAUGAACCAAUGCAUCGCCCGGUGUAAUAUGAUGAGUGUGGUUUACGACCGGUUUCAAAUUAAAAAUGCAUACAAUACAUUUUGAAUGUGAUAUACCUGAUGAUGAAUUUUUAAUUUGAAACCGGUCGUCUAACAUACUCAUUAUAAAAGUCCAGGCGAUGCAUUGAUUUAUUUAAUUAUUUUACUUUUAUGUAUACAUUUUUUAUUUAUAUAUGUAUUUACUAUGUUUAUUUACGAGUAUUAACCAUUUUAAUGAAUUUGUUUUUACUUAAUUAUUUUGUCAUAUAAUUAAAUUACCCUACAUAUAUAAAUCCUUCCAAUCAUCCAUCCACCCAACAAUAAUUACUUAUUAAUUUUUUGUUGGAAAUUAAAAUAAACAAUUUUACAUUAAUUGUCACAGUUAUAGGAAUUACAAACGAAUUACACGUAGAAUUUGUGUCUGAUAUUAUCAUUUUACAUAUUCGAUACUGACUUUCAAAAAAAAAAAAUAAUAAUUUUUUCCAAUACCUGUGUUUAGUGUUAAACGGUAGCUAUUUUUCGGAAACAAAUACGCAAUAAGUAUAUACAAAGUAAAACUCAUAUAAUGGGUAGUUUUCAUAUUUUUACGAAAACUAUUAGUAGUUUAUUGAAAGUGUUUUUUAAGUUACCUGAACAAAUAUUCAAGAAUGAACUUUGUCGAGCACCAUCUGGGUUCAAUUCUCUAUCCAUAUAUCAUAUAGUUUUCUACACAAGAAACUUUAACAGAAGCCAUCUCUCGAAAAAUACAAGAACACUUGACUCAAACAAAAAAAAAAAAAAAAACGUUCUUAAUUCCAAUAGAAUUAUAUAUUAUUCUCAAUAGUCGAAUCUUCAUGAUACAUUCUUAGUGGCGUAGCUAUGGGAAGGAAUACAGACAACUAUUUGUAUUUUUUUUGUGAUAAGGUACUAUUUUGAAUUCAUUAUGCUUAUCGAAACAUGAUUAACCGAACUUCAUUUAAAACUGUUAAGCUACUCUACCAACUUCCCACUUAAACAGAAGUCUGCAGUACACCGUGUACUGGAAGCGUAGUGUAUAUCAUACAAAACAUCAACAAUUUUUUAGGGUUUUUCGCCCCUCCCCAACUCUCAAAUGAGAAAUUUUUUCUACGCCACUGUAUAUCCUGUAUAUAUAUAUAUUAACAUAGGUAUUUAAUCAAAUUUGUUUACUAUAACUCAGCUCGAUGAGCUUUGUACGUGACAUUAGAGCUCACGUCUAGUAUAAACUGUAUUAUUUAAUUAAACUAGAUUGCACAGAAUAAAUAAAUUAGAUUUUUUUCGUUUUUAACACAAUUAAAAAUGUGUAUCAUUUUGAAAAAGAAUAAUUUUAGAUUAAUGAUUAAAAUAAAAGGUUGUAACAUAAACUGUUUUAUUUUCAUAAAAUAUUGAAAUUUGUGUUUAUUUAUUUACAAUAUAUAUAUUAAUCUAUUUUUUUUAAUACUGAUUUUAAUUGCAAUAAAAAUGUACGUAUCAGGUUAAAUUUUAAAUAAAUGUUCCUUUGAAGAAUGUUUUAGAUAUAAUAAAAAUAAAAAAAAGAGGUUUUCAAAACCCUUUAUUUUCUCUUUGAUAAUAUAUAAACAUAUUAUUGAAAUUUGAAAAAGUAUUUCAUAAAAAAUGUCUCUUAAUAUAAAUUUUAAUAUUAUAUUCGUUUCUCUGAUUGUAUAUGAUUUCUCACUCAAAUAUUAAUUUAAAAACAAUAUAUCCAAAUAAAUAAACAAAAUAUAAUUUUUUUUUUUUUUUUAAACGGAAAUUUUUAAUUAUAAAAAAUAUAAUUUAAUUUUGAUCAUUUUUUUUCCUCAAAUAUUAAGGUAAGUAUUGGUAAUUUUUAGAAAAUAUAUUACAUAAUUGUUUAUAGCUUUCCAGUGAACAAUAAGAAACGUGGGGUAGCAAUUAGUUUGAUCAACGAUGUGCCUUUAUAUUUCGUGUUAAAAACACUUUUUAAAACAAUAUAUAUAUAUAUAAACUUGUUGAAAAAGUUUUAUCCUAUAGUAACUUUAUUGUAGAUAGAGUUAAUUGAAUAACAAAUGUUACCUUAAAGACUGCCAGUUAACAAUGUCUCAUGCAUUAUUGUUUUUUUUGAAAAUGACAAAAAUCUAAAACAAGAUGAAAAAAUUCCGAAUACAAUUUUAAAAUGUAUGGUAGUUUUUAAUUUAGAAAAAAGUAAAAAUAACAUACCUCCUUUCUCGCUUUCUCUAUCAUUGUCCAUUAUAGCCAUCAAAUAUUAUAUAGUACAGUAGUAUAUGUAGUAUAAAUUUUAAUCUAAAUAAUACUUGUUUAUCUUUUAUCUUAUCUUUAUGGAAAUAUCGUUAUCUAUGCGAGGAUUAUCUUAGAUUUAAAAAAAUAUUAUCCUUUUAGUAAUUAUCUAAAUAAUUUAUGGUUCAUAAACGAAAAAAAAAUGUGUCAAACCAUAGUAGAAAUUAGUAAGUAUAAUAAAUUGUAUAUGUAUAUUAUAAGCUUUACUUUCACUUAAAAAUCCAAUGUCAUUAUAGCUAUAGAUACCAGAUAAUGCACUUUGCGUUUAUAUACUUAUUUUAAACGUUUAAAUAAACAUUGAAACAAUCUCUGUUAUUGUGAUUUCAACAAUAGAAAAUAUUAAAACAAAUCAUAAUCUUUUUUUCUAGAUUAAUUCCCCUUGCCUGUUAUCUUCUUUAAGAUUGUAUAAAAAUGCUGAUACUACUGAGUACUGAUUGGUGUAUUUAAAAGGGACGUUGGAAGGCAGGAUAUAUGAAGAGUAAUUUAAUUAUUAUUUGUAUACUACAACAAACCAUUUAUAGCAAAGAGAACGAGCAGAUUAUUAUUUGUCAUAUAUUUCCUCUUGUUGCCGAACAAAACAAACAAAAAUUUAAAAAAUAAUUUCCAGUUUUUCCCAUUUAUUAAUAAUACCACAAGAAGAAUUAAAAAAAUGUACCGUCAAUGUGCCAGCUAGAUUAAAAAUGUUACAAGACAGUUUCUAUAACAAUAUUAAUUGGUGCAAGAUUUCUAUUAUAAAAGUUCUUUACAGGCUCUAAAAAAUGAGUUGAUGAGCUACAUAUGGACGGGUGAGGACACUGUUGUAGGUUGGAAGUUGGAAAGGUUAGAUAAAAAGAUACAUUUCUCUAACAAUAAGUUAUUAUUUAAAAGUAAUAAAUCGAAUUAAAUCUCUUGUUAUUUUUCGAUUGAAGCAAUAUUUCUAGUAGAAAACAUAGUUUGAAAAAACUAAAAACAAUGGAAUCGGUAACACCGCGACGUGCCGUAAAUAUUUACCGUUUCACCUAUGAAAUUCUUUCCGGUUUUUUCAAUUAUUUUGAAUACCACUUAGAAAAUCUAAAAAUGACCUACCUAAUGUGCCGUGAAGAUAAAAUUAUCUUUCGAAUAAGGCGCUACACUCUGUAAAUCGGAACACGAUUUCUGGUAAAAAAGUUUUUCACAGCAGAAAAAAAAAAUCGCACAUGAUAUUAAAACGCAAUGGAUCCCUCGUUAGUCUCCGAGUAUAAAACACGAUCACGAAACCGAUACAUUCCCCGCUUUACUCGGAAUGUGAUAUUUGUUAUUGCCUUAAUCUGUAUCUAGAUGAUUUUCGAACCAUUAUCAUAAAUAUCCGUUUUCAUAACAACAAUACGAAUGUGUUUAUUAACUUAUUAAGUGCUCGUUUAACGGGUCACAAUUAUUUCGUAGGUACCCACUAUUUAAAUCAAAUUGUCCGCCGGAACUACGCGAACAAUGUACCACGCGUUUUACUCGUGGAAACGUAUUAUUAUUAUUAUCAUUUCAUUUCUUCGCGUCAUUAAACUCGUGAGAGAAGGGGGGAGGGGAGUUUUUGUAUAACACGUAUAACCAACGUAAUAUUAGAAGUGGCAUUAUCAUUAACAUAUUAGACGCUUUGCAUACUAUUAAAAGGUAUUGUAAUUUCAUUAGCGUUUAGAGCCGAUGUAGUGCCUUUGUCUCUACAAUAAUAAUAAUAAUAAUAAUAAUAAUAAUCGGGGACGAGACAAAUACAUUGUUUUAGCCCGAUACGACUCGGAAGUAUUACGUUAGCAUUAGCUAUUGUUGUAUACCACGAAUACAGAAUAUUAUCACAUAAUUGACGUUCAUACGUCUUUGUGAAUGUAACCGUCAUAAAAUAAUGUCCGUAAAGCUGUUUUGUGAAUUAUCAUUUCCGUGAUACAUGCUAUCAACUUUUAUUAUAUCUAUAUCGAGUGCAUAUGCAGAAAACAAUUUAUGGCGGGGUUCAUUGGUGAAUACAAAUUAAACAUUUUAAUCCUUAGAACUGGGUACCAGGUACUAUGAUGCAUUAGAAAUAGGUUUCGAUUUGAUACAUUUUUUUUUUUUUUUUUUUUCGUCGACUUAUGGGUGACAUUGAUGACAAGGAUGCAAAUUAUACGGUUAUUAUUAGUUAAUUUGGUCGCCACGAACAAAAAUAUAAUUUUUCAAAUAAAUUAAUUAUUGCGCAACGACGGUUAACUUAAAUGUGUUGGCUGGUGGAAACGGGGUGUCGCAGAGAGACGAGGGUUUUUUUUCGUUCAAUACUACGCACGAGCGCACAGACAGCCACUAGGUAAUGAAAUAAAAUAUUAUAAUAUAAUUAUUAUAUUUAAAUAUACGUUUAGCAUUAAAAUUUCCUUAGAUGUAUCUUAUAAAGUACUGGUUUGUUUUUGUUUUUCUUUUUUUUUACACCAACAAAAAAUGCCUGGAAUUUAUAUAGAGAUACCAUGGCCAAAAAUUUAAGGUCGUACAACUCGUCCUCGUAAAUGUUCCGCUUAAUAUUUAACCAAAUAUUUUGAAAAGCUGCGGCAGUAAAAUCGAUCACUGCUAGUUAUACUUUUUUAAAGUUGAUCACGCAAUAUUAUUUCUGUGCCGUUAACAUUUUAAAUUAUUAUUAUCGCAAUGCUACAGUAAAUUUCCAAACUAAAAUUUACAUAAUUAUAAUAAAAUAAUAUUUGAUCCGACUGCAUAUGUACCUAUGGUUUUUUUAAAAAAAAUAAUGUUUUCAAUUCAUUUUGAUCUGUAUACACUAUACAGGUAUAAUCCAUUAAAAAUGCAUAUUUCAAAUGUUGUAAAUUAUAAUAACUAUCAAAGUGUUUGAUGUAUCGUCACGUAUUAUUAUUAUAAAACUGGUAUUUUGGCUCGAAAAAAACCGUGUUAUUUAUUAGGCAAUUGUGACGGGGAAAAAAACUGAAAAUGUGGCAAAUCGAUACAUAUAAUCAGGUUUAAUCUGGAAUUCGUAUUUUUUUAUACUAUUUUUUAUUAAUUAUUAGUCUACAUAAUAAUACUUUGACAUACAGAACGAACAUACUAUACAAUAAUUUUUGUAACUAUGGGUAUUACCUAUUUAUUUUUAUAAAAUGGAAUUUUAAAGGAUAGUUGUUUCAUUGAGUUUUUUAAACGUUUCUCAAAUUAAUUAAUUAUCUACCCGGUAUUGUUUGAACAAACCUUAUAUAAACACAAACAUUAACGUAAUAUUUAUGUUCUACUUUCAUGUUAAAAAUAUUAAGUAAUCUUUACUGGAAAUUAGAAUUAUCGAUAAUAUGAAAAGUAAUAUGUAAUGAAACAAGCGUAAUCUUUUAAUUUUAAAUAGGUAUUGGUAUUAUUAAAAAAGUAAAAAUCCGUGUAUUUUAAGAUAAAACGAGAAAUAUGCACAGAAUUUCUUUCAAUCGAAAAAGUAUUUUCAAAGAAAAAACGUCCUAGUAAAAUUAGUUAUUGCUUUUUCGUUACAAUCAGAAUCCGAAAAAUCCAAUCGAAACAAUUUUGUAAAAACUAUAUAAAUUUAGAAUACUUAUAUUAUAGGUCCUUAAUUUGUAUAAACAUUUUACUUAAAUGUUGUUUUUAGCAUGUAAAUAUUCUUAGCAGAGUGAGGAAAGUUAAUAAGAUAAAAAUAAUAGAAGAGACCUGAAAUUUACACAGGUUACUUAUAUUAAUUUUUUUUAAACGUGGUAUAAUAUUUAAAAUUAAUAAUUGUAUUUUCUGGAUUAUUUAUAGACAAUUGACACGUUCGAUUUUUUUUUUUUAGCAUUUUCUUGGUGAUUACAAACAAAUUAUUUUACCAAAAAGAAAUGCUUGAAAAUUUAACACGAUAUAAGUUAUUUGCUAUAAAUUUAACUCAUAGGUGAAAAAAUAAUAAUAAGUUGAGUGUAAUGUAAUAAUUAUUUUUUAAUGAGCAUUUAAUUUCAAAUUUGAACAUAUAUCAUUAAAAUUACGGAAUUUCAAAACAUGUUUAACCAAUCUUCGCUCAUAAUCGUUUUGCAAAAUGAUUUAUCGUUGUGUACGUGUGAAUUAAAUUAUUUUAUGUUGCCCAGCUUCCUUCCCAACUUCCUACCUAAAACAGUUAUUCACCUACUCUCAGUGUCGUUUCUUUUUUAAUUUUGUUGUUAUACGUCGGGUGGGGUGUAGAUGUUCAAAUAGGGUAGGGUUUGUAUAUUUAAUCCUCAUCGCAAUAUGUCGGCCACAAUAUGAAUAGUACAACCUACAACAUUAUUAACAAUUAUGAUAUUAUAACGAUAUUACACUUACUAUUUUUGGCAACAAUUACCUACAUCACUUCAUUUAUAAUAAUACGAGAUGAAUGGGCCCACGUAGUAUACUAUGAUGGGCGUGUAUCAUAUUAUUAUUAUCACUUGUCGUUGGUAUUUACUGUGUCGGCCGGAUUAAGAGAUAACCAGCUGUAUUACUGAUGUUCGACCAUCAUAAUAAUAUUUCAACAAUUCCUUUUGUAAAUAAUAGCAUCACUACCACCAAUAUAAUAUUAUACAGAUAUUAUUGAUCUACCAUACGCAGAGUUCAACAGUCUUGAAACCAUCACUGCCCUGUCCUUUGUGAUCGAUUCCAGGGAAUUUAUGUAGUUAGUCUGUAAAAUAGGUAAAUACUUGGGUACAUCCUCUCGCUCAAUCAAAUCGAUUCAAAACGUAAUUAUUUUACAACCGGCUGUCAUUAAGAUUGAACGUGGGCAUAACGAAUGAGCGUUUAUUUAUUUUUUUUAUGUCUGAAAAAAUCGAAAAAUCGGCAACCUUAUUUGAUUUUCAUAUAAAUUACAUUCAAACCUCGACUGUGUCACGCAAUUCAUCAAUCUAUACAUUAUUCGCUGUGGCGGUUUUACUGUUUAGGGGGAGGAGGGGGAGAAUGAGCAAAUCGUCCCUGUUGAGUCGUGACUUCUUACAAAAAUAAGAAAUAAAGAAUUUUUCGGUAAGAACAUUUAUAAAAACAUGCAUAUAUUAUGAACUUUGACAUUAAUAUUUAUUGUAUUAAAUAUGGCAUUCAAUUUUUCACGUAUUAAUUACAACAAACAUUAAAUUAUGUAUUAUUUUUUGUUUUAUUCUCUAAAAAAUGAGCUGCUUAGCUGCUGAUAAAAAAUUGGAAACGUGGGAUAGUUAUUUUACUUAUAUCUGUAUAAACCAGAGAUUCCCAACCUUUUAUGACACGCCCCAUUUUGAAAAUAAUUUAAAUUUUGGAAAACCACAGUAUUAUCAACGACCCUUUUUUUUUGUUCAUUUCCAUUUCUGGACGAUUCAUAAAGUUUGUUCAGUCUCGUACUCUCAUUUGCAAGUACUUAUAGAUCCAAUUUGCUGGUAAAAUAUUAGUCCACAAAAAAAAAAGGAUUUAUAUUUUUUAACUAAUACCUAUAUUUCGUACAUUUUACCGUUUUUCCUAUUGUAUGAGAAAACUCCUUGAAAAAUCAAAAAAAUACCUCCCUAAAGUAACUUCCUAGUCCGAUUUUCUUUCAGAAAAAGUGUUACACUUGUAAAUCGAAAUAAGGUUUCUGAUAUAAAAAUUAUUCACAGAUAGAAAAAAAAUAUACCAUUGUAAAACCAUUACAUUCGCGGUUUACUCAGAAUCUAAAAGAUUUAUUAUUUAAAAAUAUAACGUGAUCCAUUAAAAAUAUGAUCGCGACCCACACUUUGGGAACCUCUGAUAUAAACAGCAAAAUAUUUUUAACGAAAACCUAUUCUGAGUGAAGUUCAAUUGAGCAUGUUUUGAAAUGUCAUGAUUUUUUACUAAUGAUCACAAAAACUUUAAAUUUACAAUUAUUUAUAAAAAAAAUUGUUUCACCUUUAGUUAUAACUUAAAAUAAAUCGCAUAUUAAAUCAUUGUUAUCAUUUAUUCUCAUUCAAAAAACCCGCGAAAGCCGUACGAAGCAAUUUAUGUUUUAAUAUUCCAAUUUUUAUGAAUACGAAACAAUUUUAAAUGUAUUUGUAUAUUAUAAGUAGAUGCAUCAUCAAUUCUUUACUUGUUUUCGUACAGUUUGGUUUAAGUACAUUCAUUGCUAUGAAAAAUAUAUACAGUUUACAUUGGCAUACUUAGAACUGUUUUUUAAAAUUACAUUUUUUACUACCACUUACAAAUAAAAAUAAAAAAUAAAAAUAGAUAAUAUAAUACUGACUUGUACGUCUUAUGUCUUGAUCCCGAAAACACGGUCUUCGUCAAAGUUUCAAAGUUUUUGAGUCACACAAAUAUUAAUUAUACAACUCAUACUUAGGUGAUCGAAAAGAAACAAGCGACCAACAUCAAAUAGAACCCUCCUAUUUGACGUUAACAGAUAUAUAUAUCUGUUUGUAUACUAACUUUUAUUUUUUAUUCCUUUUUUUUCCUACGCGUAUAAACACAGCAGACCUUUUAAAUCAAAUAUCGAUCUGGUCUUGUACGAGCAUAGGUACGUAUAUUUCAACGGAGCAUAACUACGCGUUUGUGAAUUAGUUAUUGCCGGACAUAAAUAAACCGUCCGGUCUAAAAACUAAUGCGCAUUUAUGCACUUUCACUUAAAUUAAAAUCAGACCCCGGAGUAUUUAUUAUACUAGGAAGUUAAAAAAUUUAAAGUAACCGGCCUCUUACGGGCGCAUUUAUUUUAAGUGUCGUUUCGUUUUGGUUUUUUUUUUUUUUUUUUUUAUGGUUUAAUACCAUUCAUCAAUCAACAUUAUACUUUGAAAAGAAAAAUACAAUACACUUUUAGAGUUAACAUAACUAAAUAAUAAUAAUUAUUAUUAUAUUACACUUGCGAAUUAGAAAAAUCCGAUCAUAUAUAUUUAUAGUAUCCGUGUAGUCAUAUCAAACCAGAAAAUAUAAAAUUAACUUAUAAAAAUCAACUACAACAAAACGCCCAACUUUUUUUUUUUUAAACAUUAUGUAUAACUUAUAAUGAAAUGAAAGUAUUUCUGUUUUGUCCAACAGUUAAAUUUGUAUAUGGUAUUACCUACCGAAUACAUUUAAAAAAAAACUUGGAAAAAAGAUUAAAUCUGAGCUCAGAGAGCUGAUAGUAUUUCUAAGAUGUCUGAUUUUUUUUUAUCUGUAAACAAAUUUUCAAUCAGAAAUUAAAAAAUUACAAGUGGCCUUUUUUAUUUCAUUUUGGUAUUUAAGAAGUCGUUUCUUAUGAUUUUCCAAAUUGAUCAGAAUAAAUUCAACCUAAAAUAUCGAUAUUCAAAUGAAAGAAAAUGUUGUUUAAUUGGUAUAUAUAAAAGCCGUUCUUUGCAUAAAAAUUUAACUCGAUGUUAAUUAUAAGUUAUACUUAGAGGUCAAUAAAAAAAAGUUAGGCUUAAAGUUGUUUUUUUUACAUGAUUGGUGUUUAAGAUCAAUUUUUUAUGAAAAUCUUAAAAAUUAUAGCAUUUCUGAACAUGGAUAACAGAAUCGUAUUUCUUUAGAUCUACAAUAGUGGCAAACCCAUUAUCAGUAUCAGAUCUUUUCUUUUUCGUAUUUGGUUUUGGCAAAAUUAAAAAUAUUUUACAGAAUGGGUUCAUACAUUUUUUCUUAUUUCUGUUCGAGAAUUAGAUUGACUUAUAAAAUUCAAAAUUAUUUUCUUAAUUACAAUAGUUCAAUAGGUAUCAAUUUUAGGUCAUUAUCAUUAUUGUAUAUUUUGAUCACAAUACCGUUUUUGGAUACAUUUACAACACGCAAAUAUAACAGCUCUUUUUCUUAUACGUAAACGACUAUGGUUUAUUAUAAUAUUAUGAAUAUUCCUAUAGAGUUAAAUAUUUGAAUAUAAUUAAAAAAUAAUGACGUGUACAUAAAAUUAUACAAAAAUUAUUGUAAAUUUGAAUUUUGAAUAAAACAUAAGAUCCAGAACGACCCUAUUAAACAACUUUCUGUAUCUCAUUUUGUUUAUGUUGUUCCUAGUUUAUAUAAUAUACAUACCAUUCCUAAACGUAUUAAAUAUUUUAAUUAUUUUUGGGGUGGAAGAGUAUUAAAAACGCAAAUAUAUUUUUUAUUUAUAUUUGUAUUUUUUUCAAUAUGUCGUGUAUUUAUUUAUUCCGAGAAUUUUAAUCAAUCAUGGUUUAGUAUUCAGUUUCCUAAUACAUGUAAUAUUUUUAUUUUGAACUAAAGACGGUAAUAGUGAUAUUAUUAAAUUUUUGUUUUGUAUAAUAUAUAAAUAAUAUAUAUUUUAUUACCAACAGAUCAUCCGGGAAGAUUCUUAGAGCACUGGAUCUUAGCUACAACCAGUUGGAUAAAAUUCCUCUAAAAUCAUUCUCGAGCAUUACAAAUUUAGAUUGGCUAAAUUUACACGGGUAAUGGUUGUUGUAAUAUUUUUAAGAGUAGCAAUCAAGAAUAAAAUAAAAAAAUUUUUUUUCUUUUAGUAACAACAUCGAAACAGUCGAAACUCAGUGGAACCAUUUGGAAAAUACCUUGCAACAUUUGUUUAUUGGUGAAAACGAUUUAGUAUCGUUUCCCGAACACUUUUCAAAACUGCGUACGCUUUCCAGUCUAAAUCUAGAUAAUAAUUUGAUUACGUCAAUUCCACCAAACGUCAAAACACCGCCAGCUCUAGAGACGUUAAGUAUAUCAAAUAACUUCUUACAUGAAUUCCCGGUGUCUCUCCUAGAGACAGGAAUAACGCUAAAUAGAUUAUACAUGAGAGACAAUUAUAUCGAAAACGUGACGAAUAUCAUACCAAACAGAUUCAUCAAUCUACAAGUUUUGGAUCUCGGUAUGAACCGGUUAGAGAGUUGGUCUGGUCAAAUUUUUGGCGGACGUUCGGUAGUGCAAACCCUACACUUAGACAUGAACCGACUGGAGUUCCUGGACGCAAAAGCAUUUGAUGGAUUACGAUCAGUGCGUAUGCAUUUGUCGCAUAAUAAAUUAAAGAAUUUGGAUCAUAGAACAUUCGAAGGACUCGAACGAAUACUAGAGUAUUUAGACUUAGAACACAAUAAUUUGGGAACAAUACCCAAAGCGAUAAGAAUUUUAAAAAAUCUCAUGUUUUUGUAUCUGUCGUCCAAUGAUCUCGGUGAACUGGAUCCAGCAGACUUCACCGGUGUAUCAUCGACCUUAAGGUCACUUUCUCUGGCCGGAAAUCGUCUGACGGAAAUUCCCACGAUCUCUUUGAUGAACUGUACUAACCUGUCACAUUUAAAUUUAGGAUACAAUUUCAUAAGAGAAAUAAAAGAAACUGAUUUCGGUGAUUGGGCUAUGCACCUGGAUACACUAUUACUGAUGAACAACAAACUGAAAGAACUUACCGGGAAACCGUUCAAAAAUAUGACGUCACUCCGGGUGUUAAGUCUGUCUUUCAAUAAUAUCCAUUAUGUUGAACCUGAUGUACUUUUGGAUUUGGCAAAUUCUUUAGAAACAUUAGAAAUUAGUUUUGGCGUCUACUAUGAUAACUUUCCAGUUAAGAUACUGAGACAUCUGAAAUCUUUAAGGUGGCUGGUACUCGACAAUAAUGAUAUUUCAUAUGUACCUGUUAAUUCGUUGCAUUCACUCGACAGUCUUCAAUACCUUAACAUGGAAUCUAACCGGAUAUCUGUUUUGGUUCCAGGAACAUUUAGCUCUUCUAAUCAAACUUAUCUACGCGAAGUACGAUUGAAUCAAAAUCACUUAAUGUCUUUGGAACCGAAUACGUUUUCCGGUCUACAGCAAUUACAGACGGUUACCGUAUCCAGGAACAAAAUAAUCGAAAUCAUGUCACAUGCAUUUAAAGAUCUUCCAAUAUUGCUCAACAUCGAUUUAUCAUUCAACAAAAUCGAAUACAUUCAGCCGUCUGCAUUCGACUCUUUGCCCGGUUUAAAACGUCUUGAUUUACAAGGGAACCAGUUGAAAGAAUUAAGAAUAACAUCGUUUAUAAAUUCUACAAAUUCAUUAGCACCAAUGUCUUUGAACGUAUCAAACAAUUGUAUCGAAAGAAUUCCUGUCGACGACUCAAAGACGGCGGUACACAUAAGUAUCCUUGACUUGAGUCAUAAUAGUUUAGAGUUCGUCCCGUUAAAACUACUUUAUCUAAUAUCCAACUCUCUCCGAAACUUAUAUUUGGACUACAAUCGUAUUGCUAAAGUAUACAGUUCUGACUUCUCGAACUUGACAAAUCUAGAAGUACUUUCAAUGACCGAAAACGGUAUGAAAACGGUAGCGUCAAAAGCAUUUUUUAAUUUAACUUCUUUACAAAUACUUUAUUUAUCCGACAAUAAUAUCGAGAAAUUGUCGUCUGAGCAGUUUUCCACACUACCGAAACUCAGGGUGUUAUCCUUGGCCAGGAACCGCCUAAACAGACUCAGUUUUGGUGUAUUAUCAGAUAUGCCAUUGGAGUAUUUGGAUCUUUCCCAUAACGAAUUGUUAGCUGUGCCGACCGGGGUGCUACAGAAAACUGGCGCAACACUUAGACAUCUUUUAUUGACCGAUAACCGAAUAGAUCACGUUGAUGGAACGACUUUCUCCGACGUACCUAAGUUGACUAAUUUGAGUUUGUCGAACAAUAAGUUGACGAUUAUCCCGGAUAAUACAUUCGUUGGACUCACCAACCUUGUUUCGUUGGAUUUAUCAUCGAACAACCUACGAGCCAAUUUUAAAGAACUAUUUCAUUACGUGCAAAAUGUUAGGCAUUUAAAUCUUGCAGACACAGAACUAAUCGAAAUGCCACCGCUGCCGCUUCCUAGCCUGGUUUCACUACGGUUAUCCAACAAUAAACUGGAAAAAAUUCCCAAAUCAUCAAUGGAAAUGCUCUCUCAGCUUAAGACGUUAUACUUAAAUGACAACAAGUUGACAUCGUCUCCGGGACACAUAUGGCCAUCAUUACCGUCGUUAAAAACACUGGAUCUAUCUUCCAAUCCAAUAAAAGUAAUCAUUUCAUUUUUCUUUGCAUUUUAAAAAUCUGUAAUCCUUUGUAUUAGACACAUGUACAUUUUCUUAUUUUUUUCUGUUAUAUCCUCGAGUUCUAUUUACGCUUAUCUCAAAGUUAUUUAUUUAAUCUUAAUUUCAGACGAUAACCAAAGCGAGCUUUUCAGGGCUGACUCACCUACAGCAUUUACAAGUCCAACGGCUCAAGUACUUAGACCGGUUCGACGCGGGAUCGCUUUCCAAACUGACCACGCUCCGGUCGCUGGCAACUGACUGGCACCAUAACCUUGGAGAGAUCGUUUGUGCUGCCGUCCAGUCAAUACGCCGGUUAUCGGUGCACGUGAAUCGGCCUCGACUGGUUGGGUCUUUAGUAAAAGGCUGUGGCCCGAAAUUAGAAUCAGUGGCCAUCACCGGCUCACAGCUCCGGCAAGUGGACCCGCAGGCAUUCGUGGGUCUCGAACGUGGAGCCGGUGAGGGAUUGACCAUUAGCAUCCGGCAUACGGCUGUCGAGGACUUGCCGGUUGACCUGCUACUUCCAUUGGUUGGCAUCCCAAAACUUGCGCUCGACUUGACCGGCAACAAACUCACUUCGCUCAACCCGUUGACCGUCUACUCCAACUACACCACAUGGGAAAACUCCGGUACAAAUAUCCUGAAAGGUAAAUACAGCCGAAUAGUUCCUAAUACUUUAUUGUGACAGUUGAUGGGUGGUGGAAAUAAUGUGCUCGAGUGUUAGAGAACUGAAAUAUUGUAAUUUAUGUCAUCUGAUCGAAUAGGUUGUUUUAGUUUUGUCAUAAAAUAUUUUAGUAUCUAAAAUGUCAUUGAUAAAAUUAUAUGUUAUCAAAAAUUCGAGUUUCUCGUAAAUCUUCAAUAAUUUAACACACAAUAAAAAAAUGUUAAAAUUGAAUAAUGCCUCUUAAAUAUUAUAAUACAAUAUUAAAUGCAUAAUUAUUAUGCUAGGAAGGUAAUUAUAUUUCUACCUUUGACUAAACGAAAAACCAUUAAGUUCAAUAACAUUUCGAAUAAUUUAACGAAGUUUUUUUUUUUUUUUUAGAAUGUAGUACUACUAGGCAUAAUAUUUUAUACUAUUUGUGGGGGAAUUUAUAAUAAUAAUCGCUAACAUUUCAAGUGGUUACCUGAUCAUGCGAUUUUUUUGAAACAGAAGGGUAGGGGCUAGGAAGAGCACACAAGUAAUUUAAUUGUUUCUUAACAAAUCACCCUUUUUAGGUUAUAAUAUAUUGUGUGGUCAAAUCAAUUAAUAUUUUACGUUUAAGACUUUAAGAGGUGUGUGUAGGAACAGUAUAGUUAAACCAAACACGUGUAAUGGUUAACCGCGAUUAGGUACAUAUCGUUAUUUCGGACACAGUUUACCGUAAAACUAUAAUUUAUAAUAUAACAACGACAUAAGUUUAGAGAAUAAUAGCGUUUAUAAUUUUCAAUCAAUAAUUUCUCGGAGCAGACAUAUUUCACGAUGCUCCGGAAAAGAAAAAAAAACAGAAUAGUCUUUUGUCAUAAUAUAUAUUGUGUUCUACAAUACAGCUUUAUUGUAUUGACACGUUACACACAUUGCGAACUUUAUCCACUCGAAAACGGUGUUUAAGUUGUAUUUAUCUAGCUAGGUAUAUUUUUAUCCUGUACUUGUUCUGAGAUAAAUAAUUAAAUUGAUUACUUACCUGUAAGUAUUUUGAAAACCCUAAUUUAUUUAUAAGAAUAUAAUGAGUCAAAUAUUUAAUUUAUAACCAAGAAGUUUCUUAAAAUGGGUCUCUUAAACUCUGAGAACAUAAAAUAAACUUAAAAGGAGAUAAAAUUAUAGAACAAGUAGAUGAAUUCAGGUAUUUGGGAAGCACUAUAUGCUCAGAUGGGAUAAAUUAGUAAACAUAGGAAAAAGUGAAGGGAAUAAGCUAAUUCAUAGUGGCACAAAAUAAAAAAUACUAAAUUGUUUAACCUUAAUAAAUAUUAAUCUUAUAGUUAGAACAAAGACGGGCAUAUUUCACACGUAGGUACAGCCGCUGUCAUAGGUGGGAAGUUGGAGAGUACGAUAUAAACCGAAAUUUAAGGUAUAUCUAAAAAUAACGAUAAACCAUUACUAACGCUCAUUACUAAUGAGCGGAGUUCAGUUGAUAGUAUUGUUUUGUCAACAAUAUAUAUUAUUUUAUACUAUGGUAAAAUUAUUACAAAAUGUGCAUUGACAACAAUGAUUAUUUAAAAAACAUCGAAGUAAUAAAAAGUUAAUAAGAACAAACAAUAAAUAAAAACGGUUGCCAAUGACAAGUUUAUUUUAAAUCUUUCAAUCUUUUUCAACCUAAUUAAUCGGGUUUUCCUCAUUAUUUCAAAUACUAAUGAGAAAUUCAAAAAAUGACCUCUCUAAAUUACCACCCAGAAAACAUUUCCUUUCAGAAAAGAUACUAUAUUUGAAAACUGGAGAAAGCUUUCUGGUAAAAAAAUUUUUACGUACAAAAAAAAAUAAACAUCUUUGUANCCUUUCAGAAAAGAUACUAUAUUUGAAAACUGGAGUAAGAUUUCUGGUAGAAAAAAUGUUUACGUACAAAAAAAAAUAAACAUCUUUGUAAAACCAAUACGUUCUUUGCUAAACUCAGAAUCUUAAUAUAUAUUAUAAUAAUAUAAUGGUUUAAUGGAUGAACCAUUAAAUAAAAUAAAUCACAUAACUUUUCUGAAAUGUAUGUUUAUACCAAAUCCACCAUACGCUUUUAUAACAUUUACCACUUAGUUUUUGAUAGAUAACAAAAAAAAAAAAAAAAUUUUUUUAAUUAGAUAAAAAGUUUCUGUUAAUGUAUAUUUUUUCUUGGUAUUUUAAAAUUUAUUUUUGUAAAACACUAUCGAACACCGUUCGAAUUGCAUAUUAUUGUAACAAUUUUUUAUUAUUUUUAUUUUUUUUUUUUUUAUUCAACUCAACCUAAAUAACAUAGGAAUAUUUUUUGCGCAUGGAUGUAUAUUUUCUACUUGAACGAAUAAUAAUAUGAAACACGAUGCGUUGUAUGUUUACCGAAAAAUUUGUUUUACUUAAAACGUAUAUUAUGUGCACAGUGUUAAUAAUAUUUAAUCAGCGACGGAUCACGAUAAAUUAAAAUACUGUGUAAACGGUCUAAUAUUUAUAUACGAGAAACAAUGUCAACUAAUUAAAAAUAUUUACUGUUGUCGAUAAAUUCGCGGAUAAAACAGCACAGUACACAAUAUAUAUUGUUUUUAAAAUGCGGUAACGCAAAUAUGAUCGAUAUUGUUUUCGGCACUCUUGUAUAAUAAUGUUUCUAAUGGUGUACGGACAAAAUCAAAACAUUAUAAUAUUUAUCGGAAAUCAGAAUAAUAAUAUUAUUGUUAAGCUGCUAUCGAAGACCGAAUGAUAGCUAGAUAACCUGCGAAAUUGAAAUCGGGCAUGAGCAAAACAAAACGAAAAAAACACCGAAUUCUAAAAUAACAUUACUCCAAUUCCCGUUGAAAACAAUACUUACAUUAGAACAGGUUAUUGGGUUUGUAUGAUUGUCACGACCAAAUACGUCUGUAUAAACUCGUAACUAACACUACCGUUGACGAAAACUCGAGAGUUACCGUAACAUUGUUUUGGUGUACCUAUGGGAUUUACAUUCCUUUCACACGGCGUAAUAAUUGAUCGAUAAAAACCGUUUUGUUGUAGUUUGAUAAAAUGGAUCGAAAUUCCAAAAACGUACUUUGCCAGAAUGUUGCCGCACACGGGAAAUCUGAAGCGGAUAGCGGCUUUUAAUCGAGCUUUAAAUUAUCAAUACAUUUUUUUCCGUAUAGAAUAUAUGAAAAACGCAUUUUACACCACACUCCUUAUGAGUUCCCGUGAAGUUGGAAGGAAUUUACGUUAUUUUAAUACAUGAGCUGUUUGACGAUUGACGCUUUGUAGGACGGGGGUCGUUCGGGAAAAACGAGAACCGAAUGUGAUAUAAUACAAAAUAAAACAGUCAAAUUGUAUAAAAACUAACCAUCAUUUUCUGAUUUAGUCCGCGUAAAAGUAGUGUGAUCUUUCCGAUUGUUUCACUUUUUUCCUGCUCCAAUUAACAUAAUAAUAUUUCUCGAACAACAAACCAUACAAAAAAAGACGUUGUUAGAAAAAUAGAAUAGUGAAUUAUUUUUGUUCAUGGUAAUAUUACUUUAUAUAACUUGAAUUAUCCCUGAAGAAAAAAUGGGGUCAGUCCAAAAUAAUUGCAUAGAAAUUAAUUUCAGAUACACACAUACAAGAUGAUGUACUACGAAAAUAAUUUUUAAUGAAAUAGACUCUUGUCGUUCUCUUUCACAUAUUAUUUUUAUUUUUAUUUUUUUUAGAGAUAAAAAUAAAAAAAACUAAAAUUCAUUAAGUAAAAGAAACAAAAACCGUAAAACCCAUUCAUUUUUUAAUUAAAUGUAAUAAAAAAAAAAUGAAUAAUAAAAAAACUUAGCGCAUUUAAUAGGCCAAACAAAAAAAUUUUAUUUGAUGCCAAAAUAAUUUUGAAAAAGUUGACAAUAAUAUUAUCAUAUUUAUUGAUAAUAAUUAUUGAUCGGAAAUAAUUUUAAAAUUCAAUAUCAGUCAGUUUUUGAUUUUCUACACAGUUUUUUAAUGAUAACAUACUAUACAUUUUUUAUAUAAAAUUAUGAAUCCAAAUCGGAUCAUCUUCAAACUACUAUAAUUUAUCCGACACACUAAAAAGUCCCGUCCUUGACUUCUAACUGAUUUUUGACAUUUACAAUGAACAGAUUUUAACUAAAAGUUCAAUCAGUUUUCAUGUUUAUUAAGUUUGUAUGAGUUUAAUAUGAUUGUUAGAAAACACAUUUACAGUUUCAUUGUUAAACUAACAGGAAAUCUAGAACAAUAACGUUACUUGGAACGUAAAUUGUGCUGAAAAGUUCAAAUACAAAUAACCAUAUUUAAAGAAAACGUGUUUUUCGAGAGAACAUUACCUGAAUCGUUUUUUUUUUUAAAAAAAAAAACAUUGACAUAUAAAGAAUUACAGCUACUAAAAAAAAAAAAAAACUGAAAUGGAACUUUUUUGAGAAAAAGAUUGACAUAGUUCUUUUGGUAUAUUGGACAUCAAUUUUCGCUUAUAUAAAUAAAGACUACAAAAAUAUGAGUUCAAAAUCGAUGAAAUUGGUAAAAAUCAAACUAUAAUUAUAAUAUGUAUACAAAUAUAAUUUUUCAAAUCUAAGUCGUAUUUAUAAAAGAAAAAAGAUCUUAUAUUUUUUUUCUUUUUGUAAUUCUGAAAAAAAAGCAAUAAAUACAUUACUUUUUCUAUAUACAUUUAUAUAUAAUGAUUAGUGUUUUUAUUAGUUUGUAGGCAACUUUUCACGCAAAAAUCUUGCUACGAUUUGUAGGAUAUAGCACCUUCUCUGAUAAGUAAUUCCCCCUUAAUAGUGCGUAAAGGAGGUAAUUUUUUAAUUUUCUAAAGGGAUUAUCAAAAUAUUUGGGAAAAAAACAAAAGAAAAUUAUAAGUAAAAUAGCAAAUAUUUACAGCGAUCCACGGUGUUAACGAUUUUAUUGUUUUUAAUUUUUGCAAACUAUGUUUUCUACCAGAAAUAUUGGUCCAAUUGAAAAUUUACAAAAAAUCAAUUUUUUGAUACGUAUCUAAAGUAUUUUUAUAAGUAGGAAAAAUAAAAAAAUAACGAAUUCUUUUUUUUUUUUAUAAUUACCGUCUUCUACCAGAAAUAUCGCUCCAGUGAAAAAACCACAAAAGACAUUUAUUUGUUAAAUUUUUAAUCUAAUAGGUGACUAAGAAAGUCGUUUUUAAUUUUCCUUGUAGUUUUGGUUAUUGAUUGUUUCCAAAAAAUACUUUGAUUGUAUGGGGAAAUUUACAAAAAUAAUAGUUUUAUCAUUCUAAGUUAGGUUUUGUGAUGUAAUUUAGUUAAAAAUAUUUAUAGAGACAUAACAUUGAGACAGAAAACUUAUUUGCCUUUUCUAGGCAUGAUCAAAUUUUCAACGCAUUUUAUUCAUUGAGAUUCAAAUUUUGUGAGUUUUGUACCUAAUUUUUAUUCGGUAGGUAUAAAAUGUGUAUGAAAUUAUUAGUCUAUACAGAAAUGCUUGCAAUUUAACAGAAGGUUCAUUAUAAGUUGUACUUAGUGGACAACAAAAAUAAAAAAUUGAGUGUGGGUUUUUUUUUUUAUAAGCGUUAGUUUAAUAUCAAAUUUGGACGAAAAUCUUAAUAUAUGACCUUUUAAAACACGUAGAAUAAAUCGUUUUUUGUUAGCAAUGGUUUAUCAUUGAUUACAGAUAUAAAUAACUUUAUGUAUUUCACUUUUUUUCCAACUACCUACCUAAAAGAAUAACUGCACACAUCUCCAGUAUCAGCUCUUUUUAAAUUGUUUUAUUGCUGUUAGUGAGUUAAAAAUAAUAAAUUAUGGACACCUGAAAUUUUUAUCAAAUUCUUAUGUACUAGCACUUUCUCACAUUUUCAAAACAUUCUAGCGAUGUUUGUGCUUUUUUUAGUCAUUUGAAAAAUAGAUCGUUUUUUUUUUUUAUAGUUGACUUUAUUUAUUUAUUGAUUUAACACAAGGUUCAUGAUAUACCUGAUGUACUGAUAUUUUUUUUUUAUGUAAUUCUAAACGUUAAAGUUGUAUUGACAUCGUGAAAACCGCGACAUUUCAAUACGUUUUUCGUUAGCAAUGAUUAAUCUUUGCGUACAAGUAUAAAUUAAAUUUUUCUUUAUUGUAACAUUAUAUUACUUUCCCAACUUCCUAUUUUGAAUGACGGAACGCCCGUCAGCAGUAUUAGUUCUUUUUUUUUUUUAUUUUUUUUUUUUGUUUCGUCUAUCGCGUGUUUAUUGUUACCUGCGCAUUAUUCGAGUCUGCAGCAGUCGUCCGAGUAAAUUUCCUUUUUUUAUUUAUAAUUUACAUUUAGGGUAGAGGAGUUUUUUUUUUUUUUCAGUAGUCUGCGUGAUUGUUUAGUUUGUUUGAAAAUAUAAUAAAUAUAAAUAAUCGCUUAUUCGUUCACGACUACGGAUUGUCGAGCGACCGCGACAAAUGCGUAUAAAAAAAAAAAUAAUAAUAAUAAUAAUAAUAUAAUAAAAGAAGACGAGCGCAUAAAAGACAACUACGACUACACGAGAUCCGAACAAAUUGGAUGGCCAUAGUCGUAUUAUGAAUACAUACACACGUACCUGUAUACAUUUUAAACAAUGUUACACGCGGUUUAUUUGCCGGCCGGUCAUUGUUCGUGCCGCGCAAACAUAAUGGUUUUUUUUUUUUUUGCGUCUACCGAAUAAAAAAAAAACAAAAAAAAAGUGCACUAGAGAGGAAAAAAAGUAUGUACCAGGGUGAUGUGGGAAGCGGGGGUUACUGCUUCGAGUAUUUAGACACUGACACAAGAGUGCUAGUGUGUGCGGAAGUUUGUUUUGUUUUUUUUUUUUUAUUUUAUAUAUACAUAUACAUAGAUAUAGACAGGGUUACACAGACAUACACACUGCGCGCGGUAAAAACUCAAGUGCUGACGAAGUGCCGCUCGAAAAUAAAGAGUGUGUGGCGAGUGCCGGGCGGACCGAGUGUAGUGCGGUGCAGCGGAGGUGUAGUUAUAUUAAAGCGCAUCUGUGCCGCCCGGGGGCUAAGGAUAUAAUAUUUUCCGUCCUCUGCCGCGUGACUUUUUGUCGUGCCGCGUUUUAUUCCCCGCGUUGCCGGUCCCUCGCUCUUGUAAUAAUAAUAUUUUCGCGUAAUAUUAUAUUUUUCACUUUGCCCGUCCGCUUCAUCUACCGUUUUGGUCGAUAAACACACACGCGCGCGCGCGCACACACACACACACACACACACACACACACACACACACUAUCCGCGGACUGUGUACAUAGCGCACAACAGUACGACAAUAUUGUACACCUAUACACAGUGCCACCUCAAAGUGUCGUCGUCAUCGAAACGAUACGAGUAUAUAACAUGAUCCCGUCGUCCGAUUGUUACUGUGAUACCGCGGUCAGGACGGACACGUCAGAGGACGUCCUUGUUUUCACGCCGAGACGGAAAAAAAUCGUAUCGCGUCUCGCCCGUCCGUCUAAUCACGUCUAGUGGCCCUUAAAAUAUUAAUAAAACAAAAUGUAGACGCGUAUCCCUGUUCUGCAUGGCUGAUGCAUUAAUAAAAUGAACUAAAAGCAGAACCAUAUACCCGUAGGUGAAACUAGACAUUUACAUUAGCCCGAGUCAAACGAAAUAUGUUGUUUUUCUGAUGGUUAUCUCAUUCUAGAAUUCAUCAAUAUAUUUAAAAGUAUAUAACAUUACUCAAGAAAACUACAAGUAUUUUAUUACAAAUAUAACACAGUUAUUAUGAAUACGGUUAUUUCAAACUAUCCCGAGUGAAUUGUAAAAUAAAAAAUUUGAUAAAUGAAUAAAUGUUAUUUCUAGCAAUUGAUUGUUCGGUUAUUUCUUAAAAAAAAAUAAAACGAGCCAUGAGGUCAUCCAAAAGAUCGUGCUCGUGGAAGCCAAGACUUUUAUUAAUGGGUAUUUUAAUUUGACUAUGAUAUUAUUAUCUCAAAAUAUCGAUAUUACCAUGAGUUUAACGUUAAACAUCACUAUACUGAUAAUGAAUAGAUUUAAAUGGAUAACUCUGGGUGAAUCUGUUGUUGCAUAAAACUCGUAGCAUUCUGGGCCGGAUUGAGCUGAAGAAUCAUCAAACAAAUCUCACCGGGAUGAUUUGUUUAAUUUCGGGUCGAUAUAAUAGUUGUAUGCGAAUAUAUGGUACGAAAUACGGAAAACUUUUAAAUAAAAAAAUGAAAUCGUGAAUAAUAAUCUGGUCUAAAGGUUGUAUCAAUCAAAACGGUUAUUUUAUUUUAAUUUUUUCGUUUUACGGUGAAAUAUAUUUGACUAUUUAUAAAUUUAGCAUAAAGAAAAUAGAACGUGGUGUCAUACGAAUUCCUCGAUUGUGGGUUGGGCCGUUUCAUAUUAUAACUCGCUCAUAUUCCAUAUUUUACUUCUCGAUACGGCACUAGUAGGGAUUGGCAAGGGGCACGACCUAUGUAUACAAUCAAAACCGUCGCGGUAAUAAUAUUUCGUAAUAUUUGUUUACCUCUCACAGGCUGUUGUUCGCGUCGCCAAUGUUCAUAAUUUAUUUACCUACCGGGCGGCCACGGUUAGAGGAGGUUUUCCAAAUAAUACGACGACACGUGGCCGCACCGAUAACAAUCGCGUCGUGUGAAAUAAUAAUCGGUCACGUGGAACGUAUACGUAUAUUGAGGGGACGAACAAUCGUUUGUAGUCAUUAUCAUAGCUAACAACCAGCAGUAAUAAUGAUAAUAAUCGUAAAAUAUAUGAAAUGUUUCGCUAUAGUUGCAUCAUGAAGGUUUCGCCACAAGAGCUUUUAUCGGCCCCAAAAACGAAUCCGCAAUACUUGAAUACCCCGGAAACGCCAAAAUAUAAUAAUAAUAUUUUUAUAUUAACAAAGCUGGAUACGCCAUACUAGUUAGAAAAUUAAAAUCAAGUUAACAAAUAACUUUCAUUAAUAUAAUUUUAAACUUGAGCGAAUGUGAUACCCUUUCCUAGUGCACAGUGUCAUAGACGGAAUUUCUCAGAUUCUCGAAUGAAAACGAACCGCCUACAACAAGAAAUAACAUAUCCAUGACAAAAUAACGAUAAAAAUAUUUUAAAAUACGACAAAUGGUGGGAACUAUGUUGCUCCUGUGGCUGCUGACUACGCCAAUAGUCCCCUCUUAUAUGUUCAAGAGGUUGCGUGCUAGUAAUUUUCACGAAAUAAUUUGAAAAGAAAAAAAAAAAUAUAUAUAUAUAUAUAUAUCAACUCAGAUAUACAAAUUUAUUAGUCCCAUGUCAUAUUGUCACAAAUAUUUUUCUCGUGAUAUUGCUUCUGUUGUAAAAAAAUAUAUUUUUCAGGUAUAAAUCAGUGUUAUAUAUGAUUUUUAGGUUAACGGAAAAAAAAAAAAAAAACAUAAAUUAUAUUAAUUUCAUCGAAUAUUUUAUUCGAACUAAACUAUAAUUUGGAAAUGUUGGUCAUUUAAAAAGACGACUCCCAAUCUAAUUUCAUUGGUUUUCUUAUAAACACCAUUUUAUAAUCCAAUUUGUUAUUAGUUAGAAAUUUCGAGUAAAUUGCACAACUUGAUAUAUAAUCAACCAAUGUUCUACAAAGAUAACUUUAAAAGUAUUUACAAAAUAAAAAAUAACCUCAUUUUAAUCUAAAUUUAAAAAAAGGAAAUGUUUUAGUUUUAGGUUUUAAAGAAUCAUAAUUUAUUUAAAAAUGAAUAAUAAACAUUAUAUUACAUCAAUAUUCACUAGUCACUACUAAACUGGUUUAUUUAAAACCGACCAAAUAAAUAAUGUAAAUUUAGUUGCUAAGUAUAAGCUUACAAACUCUGUUUUAAUAACUUAAUGGGAUUAGAAAUGGGUUUUUAGAUUUUUCCCAAUUUUAAAAAAUUUAAAAUAAUUUUUUUAUUUUAAAACGAUAACCUUGAUUAUAAGACUUUUUCAUAUUUCUACUGCAUGAAAUCCAUUUAAUAAAAAGAUAAUACGAUGUUUUAGAUAAAAAAAAAAACCAGACAAAACUUUAAGAACUAUAAUUGCGUUUAUUAUAUUUAAAUUUUGAAAACGUAAUCAUGAUUUAGGUUAUUUACGGAGAUACGUUAAAUUAUUUUUAUAUAAAGAAAAAUACUUUAUAAAUUAUAAUUAAAAAUACAAUAGAUUUUUGUUAUGAUAUCACUUCAAAUAAUUAAAUUUAUAUUUCAAACAUAUCCUAGUAAAGAACCUAAUAGAAUUAUAAUACGUUUUCAAAACUGAAAUCAAUCUCAAAUUCUCUUUUUUUUUUUUUUUUUUUUUCAUAGCUUUAAUGUCUAAUUUGACUGAAAUAUAUCGACGCUAUUUCCUUUAGAUAGUUUACGCUAAAAAUUAAUUUAUUCUAAUAGUUAUCUAAAUUUAAAAAACCGGUAACUAAUCAAAUAAUAAACAAUAACCUCGACAAUAAUUGAACAUCAGAAACCAAAUUAAUUAUCUGGGUAAUCAUAUAACUAUUUUAUUUGUUUAGAUUAGAUAACAAAGUAAAAAUAUUUAUCUAGAUAACGGACGACACUGUAAUGGUUUGUCUUUUGUAUGAUGGUUUUUUUUCUUCAGCAUUUUCAACUAUUAUUGCACUAUUUCAUCCGUCACCAAGGUUUUUUUUCAUAAAAAUUAUAAUAAUUGUUGAAAACCAACCGAGAGUAUAAAAAACCCAUACUUCAAAAAUUAUCAAGUGCUAUUCUACGAACGAUUAUUAAUAUUUUGCAAAAAAAUAUGUAUAAGUACUUGCAUAAUAAUUUGUUAUUCGUAUCGCUACCUACCUAAUUCUUCACGGAUAAUAUAAAAUAGCUAUUAAAGAAAAAAAUAAAGAAUAAAUUAUCAAAUCAUUUAUUUUUAUCAUUGUACAGGUAUAAGAUUUUCAACGUUCAAAUUAUUACUUCAAAACAAAUUAUUGAUUUCAUAGGCAUUUUAAAUAAAUAUGAUUUAUUUUUUUAACAAUUUCCUCGUUGGUGCAAAACAAAUGUAUUAGAACGCAAAUAUGAUUUCUCUGUAUAUUAUAGCUGCAGCUGCAGUUUAACAAUUAAAGGUUUUUGCGAGAGACAUGUCAAGUCACUUUUUGGUCAUUUUGAUAUUAUUAUACACUAAAAUUGUAGGCAAUUUUACGCUGCAUCGAUUGGUAACAUUAUUGUUAACAUAUGGGAGUCUCGUUAUCGUGUUAUAUUGAUGUGUAAAAUGAGUCAAUUCAAAAACAGUUAAAUGAUUUCGUACUAAAUUAUAGUCAUUCAAUCCUUUUGAAAACCAAUAUUAUAAUAAUUUAUAGAUUUCUACUAACAAUUUUGCUCCAAUUUAUAAUGAUAGCGAUAUUUCGAAAACGAAAUUCGACUGGGGAGGUACUUUAACGAGAUCAUUUUCCGAUUUUCUCAGAAGUUUUCCCAGCAAAUAUGAAAUACCGGGAAAAACAUAGGAAAAGCGGUUCAACAUUAAACAAAUAUUAUAAAAGAAAAAAAGAAAACCUAUUUAAUUAUUUUAUUACAAUAUGGUAUAUAUAUAUUACUGACAAAGCAUCACUAUUAACUGAACUCAGCUCAGAAUCGUUUUUUCGUAAGCAAUGGUUUUUUUUUUUUUUACCUACUGUUAGUAAGUUAAAAUAUUAGUGGCAAUUUAAUAAUUUAAAAUUUCAAAAACACCUUAUAAUAAAUUAUGCAGGUACACGUUUAAUAGAUUUGUUUAGUCAUUUAAUUACAUAGGUACUAUUUUGGUAAAACCGUUUUUUUCAAAGUUGUUAAUUUACGUAGCAUACAAAAAUAGUAUAUAUUUAUUAGAGUCUAUCAUAAAUUCAAAGAACUUAUUGUGUAAUAAAUUGAGUAAAAUAAAAAUUUAAAAACUUCUCUACAAAAGGUUAUAGUACUAAUAACUUAAAACUUAAAAUAGUAUGAAAGCUCUAGCUACGAUAAAACCAAAUAAAUGGUGUUAUUCAUGUCAAGCCAUAUGUGCAAAAUAUAUAAGUCAGAUACUGUUUGUGUCAUUACUCAUUAGUAUCAGGUCACUUACAAAAGUCCUAAAAUGGUUUAAGAGUUAUAGUUUAAUGAAAAUCCGAAAAUAAAUAGGUUUAUGAGAUAAAAAAAAAAAAAACUAUUGUAACAAAUUAAAAACGAAAAUUAAGGAAUAGAAACAUUUUUAUCUUCUCUUGAAAAAUAAAAAUUUUUGACUAGACACGUUUCUCACAAAAACCGUCACAAAGAAAUUUUGCUCUCGCAGUAUAAUAUUAUAAAACCGAGCCGUAUACAAUAAAUAAAAUUACAUUAUUUCGUACAAUAAUCAGAAAGACGGAAAUAAUAUAGUUAAAAUAAUUAUAAAACAACAUUCGUUUUGAUUGGUUUUGUACUUAAGGCUGUACAGGAGCUUUAAGACGUUUUCAAUUUACAGCGAGCGGCAGGGCGUAGGUAUAUAGAGAGAGGCAGGCGACUACCUAUUCAAAUCGUAAACGUGCCCAUUUUUGGUUAUGAUGAACGGCCCGAGAAAUAAUUCUCAUCAAUACAAUCACCGAAACUUUUUGAAUUUAUAUUCCGUCGAAAUCGUAUUUGCAUAACAUUAUAGGUCGGUAGGUGUAUAAUGUAUAGAAGACAUUUCCACAGACACAUAAACACGUUCGCGGUGGCGACGACUACGGUGCACAACUUACUCUGCUGCGCAUUAUACAAUACUAAUACGGCUACUAGACCAAAGUAUCUCGCGAUAAAUUCGGUUAUAAAUUUUAAAGUUGCGGGCGAAAACGUUUACGCGAAUACACGAAAACUGCCACUGACAAUGCUUCCGAACGUAUAUAAUAUCGUAUUUGCAUUUAAUUAUUAUCUACGUAGAAUGGAAUAACCACCUUUGGCCCGGAUCUCUGAUAAUGCGGCAAUUAGUUUUUUAUUUUAUUUGUAUAAUAGUGUAAUUUUGUGAUUUGAUAGGCCAAUAUGAUUGUUGUUGUAUUUAUUUACAUUAAUUAUUUUACGGGGUGUUAUCAAUUAUUACAAAACAGUUAAAAACGUCACAGAUAACCAUAGGAACGGGAAAAUUAAAUUUUAAAAUACUUAUACAAAUUUAUCAUUUCAUAAUGUUUUUAAGACUUUGGUAGUUCAAACUAAAUAGUAUUGGUAAACUUAUAAUGUAUUUACGGUUUGGUUUUGGAUAUUUUUUUUUUUUGUAGACAGAUUAAAAUUAAAUAUUAUUAUUUUUGCAAAUCUAAAUAAUGAUUUUAUUUAAAUAAAUGAUAAUAAAGAAUAUCUGAGGUAAAUAAUUGAUAAACAUAAGUAUUACUAAACACGGUGUAUAUAAUUAUGAAGUUCCAACUGUCACAGAACAUUUUUUUAAAUCUGGAAGUUCUCGUGCCUAUACAUUUUCAGCGCCUUUUUUUAAUAGAAGAUAAUGUUAACCAAAUCAUAGAUUACCUACACAAUAUCAUAGUCACAAACAGCCCAAUCAUUUUUUUUUUUAGGAUCGGGAUGUUAAUUCCCCAUAAUACUGAUUUUAUGUAAGUAGUAUUUCCUUUAUAAAGACUUGGUUUAGGGGCCUCAGAACUCCCAAGCCCGCUCUAUUUGCACCUAUACUCAUUAGGUAUAUUUUAAAUUAUAUAAUGUAAUUGAUACGUAUGUAUAAUAAUAAUUCGGGAGCGAAAUAUAUGCGUAUCCACAUAUAUGUGCAUUUAUAUUUUUUUCUUUUUUAUAUUCUCUUUCCAUACUUCUUUGGUAGGUACGAAUCUUGUAUUUAUGCAUUUUUUUUUUAAUAAAACUAAAACAAAAUAUUAUUAUAAUUAGUUUUGAGAUAUAAUAAAAUGGACGCAUUCGAGUUGUACACAACAACGCGAUUCUAAAGAACCGACGUGAAAAAAGAGAAAAAAAACGUAUAGAUAAAAAUUUUUAAAAAAAACUGCCACAAUACAGGUGAGUUCAAUAAUUCAUGAAUCUACUGCGUAGUGCGUUUAAAUCAACAUUUUUACCGUACACAAUAUUUCGUUAAUUAAUAAAAUUUGGUUAAAAAUUAAAAAUCAAUUUUAUUUUUUUUUUAUAAAUCAUGGAUAUAAUAUGAGACAAUAAGACUAUAACUGACUGUACGAUACAAAGUCCUAACUCCCAAAAGGUGUAUCAAGCCAAGUAGCUGUCCGCUAAGAGAGUAAGUUGAAUUGAUUAUAUAAAUGUAUAAACCAUGCAAUAUUCAAAGCUGGGUAAUAAUUAUAAUUAAAGAGUUUAAAAUGAAUUUAAAAUAGUUAUAACUUUUAACUUGUAAAGUUAAGAAAAAAAUAGAAAAUAGCUUAGUUAAUUUUUUAAAAUUUAAACUAUUUCUACAGAGUUAUUUACGAUUUUGUAGAAAAACCCAUGAUUUUUUUUAUACUUAUGUUUCGGCGAAAAUUUGUUUUCUCACAAUUUGAAUACCAUUAUCGCAUAACUUAAUAACAGACAUGUAGCCUAUGGGAUACCCACACGAGUCUAGUAUGGCUAAUCAUCAUUUCCCAUUUUCGAUGAGUACAAUGUGCAAAUUUCGUUUAUGCAUAUAGUAGAUUAUUUUUAAAAAAGUAACUGUUAACUUAGCUCGAGUUAUUAUUUUCUCCUGAAAAUGAACAACUUAACUUUUAACUAUUUAAAUUCACGUAUCUUUUAAAAUUAACUUUAACUUGGUAAAGUUUUAGAUUCAGUGCUUAAGGAUUUAUUGGUUUUACUAUGAUGUGUGAUUUUGUAUUUUUUUUUUCUAUUUCUGAAAACUUAAUUUAAACUAGGUAAUAAACAUGGCCUUGACCAUGAAUAACACGACCACCCUUAGGAAAUUAUGUGUUUAUAUAAUUUGUUAUUAGUUUCUUAUAUUUGUCCUUACUACAUUUAUCGUAUUAUAAAAAUGUCUGAAUCUUGAAAAUGUUGGAGUAAACAAAUAUUUCAGUUUCACGUUUUUAUAAUCGAUAAAAAGCUCUAUAUAAGUUUAUUAUGCAGUUUCCAAGCUUCAGAUUUACUCAUAGAUUCCGUUAUAUGUAGAGAUGUUUUAUGAUUUUAUGCAUCAGUAGACCUGGAUUUCAAUGCAAAAUGCAUCUUUUUUUGAGUGAUUUUAGAAAAUGCUUUCCAAGUACAUAAUUUAAUUCAUGUAACAGAAAUUUCAAAGGUGAAAAUUUUAUUUCGUCUUUUUUUGAUUUUAUUUUUUUAUUUUUUUUUUGCAUUUUCAAUGUUAUUUAAAGCUUUUAUUACCAUUUUUCAGUCAUUUUUUUGGUUUUAUUGUAUAUUUGUAUAUUAUGCGAAUAUAAUAUAAUACAGUAUUUGUACAUAAUACGACCUUCGAUUAAGUAUACUCAGUAUAUUUAAUUUAUGAUACGACUUAAUAAUUUAAAUUUAGCUAACAAAAUAUUAAUCAUGUUUUUCAGAUUUUACAGCUCCUCAGUUAAUACCAUCAUCGGUAGUCAUACGUUUUCAAUUUUCUGUUAUUAAUAAAAUACAAAAGUUAUAAAUUACUCAAUAAAACAAUACAUUUAAAAAAUUGAAUGACAUUUUCCAAUGAUUUUUAGUGCAUUUAAAUUCAGACCCUAUAUAUUAGUAGUAACUAGUAAUUAGUAUAAACUAAACAACUGAGCUAUAGAAUGCGAAAAAUAAAUUGAAAAUAUACGAACUUGGUAUAUUAUAUAUAUGUAUAAACCUAUAUACCUAUUGCUGUUGUUUGAUUCGGUAGAAUAUUACGAUGUGUAGUCCGUACUAUAGUUUAAGGAAUAUUUCCUACCGACACGCAGCCGCUAUUAUUUGAAAGUCUUUGAAAUGAGUUUGCAGGAGAAACAUCAGUGUUUUUCUCGAACUUAAAACGUCUACCAUUAUUUUUAUUUUUCUUGUUAAUGAAAGCUAUCAACAAAAAAAAUAAAAUAAAAUAAAACCGAAGAAAUACAAUAUUCCGCCAAAGAAAUCGUAUUUUAUAAUACUAUUAUCAAUACGCCGUUCGUGUUACGAGCGGUCUUAUAAGCCGCACAAACACCAUUUCACUGGAAAACGUUUAAUUAGAUAUUAUAAGAUUGAUAGUUAAUUUAUGUUUUCAAUUCGUUGUAGGCUACCUAUCUAAUAUUAUUAAUAAGAUGUAGGUACGAAUUUUCACCUGUUCGACGUUUUAUGCAUCUGCAUCGCGUUAUUAUUAUAAGAGCACCUACGUAAUAGUAUAAGAACGGCUUAAAUUCUAACAGAAAUCUCAAAAAUAAAAAGUUAAUAAUGUUAUGUUUCCCUUAUAUUUUAUCCGUGACGAAAACAAAAAUCUGUUCCUAUAUAUACAGUGUUGUUCACUAAACGUACUCGCCCCAUUCCAAUAAAAUGCCACGCGCCGUGCCGUCACACAAAUGUUACCCUACCUGAAUUAAAAAGUAAAAUAUCUCGUAAACAGUAUGAAGAUAAUCAACAAUUUACACAUCAACAUUUAUUUAAUAUAAUACUCCCUCUAUUCAUGGAAUUUUCAACAUAAGUUAUUAUUUUAAAAACCAAAGUUAGUGUCGCCAUAAGAUACUCCUUAAAUAUUGUGAAAAUUCGAAGUAUUCGAAAAUAGCGGCUAUAACUACUUUAAUUUAAAAUUCCAAAAAUCAGAAUAUAAAUACACGCAAAAUGUAACAAAAAAAUUGGGUGUGCACGCUUAGUGAAUCACCCUGUAUAACGCUGUUUGGAAUUUGUCAAAAUCGUAAUAGUGAAACAAGCACGCGUAGACUUUACUUAUAUAUUAGUCAAAAAGUAGAACAAUAUACGAUUUAUUAUUUCAUACACAGUUUUAACCCCGCUCCGAGUGCCAUAAUAUACUCGUAUAAACGCAAUAACAGAACGUAGCCGUCCAGAAUAAUUGUAAUGUUACAUAUACAUCUACACACUCGACGAAAUAAAUCAUAAUAUGUUAUGAAUUUCAGCAUAAAGUUAAACUCAUAUGGGUACUGUACAGUAAAUGUAUUCUUGGAGAUUUUGAUUUAACAUCGUAUGACAAUAUUAUUAUGGUUAUAAUACAACGUUGGUUUAACCGACAAUUGUAUUUAUUGUACGAUUAAAUGUAUAAUUUUGAUGAAAAAAAAAUCAAUAUUAUUGUUAUCGUAUAUCGGUCGGUCGUCACAAUUAUUAAAAAGAAAAAACUACCCAGCCGAAAACCUUGGUUUAAAUUUAAAUGUCAAUGACAACGUUCUGGACCUGCGAACCUGUGGAGUUUGAUUAAUCACUGAGUGGUUUCUCACUUGCUUCGUUAAUAAUACGGUCAAGGAUGUAGCGGACAUUACAUUGGGUCAUGAAUUGGUCUCUCGUGCUCAUAUUGAAACAUCCUGCUGUAAAGCUCUAUAAAAACUCUUGUGAUUUUCUUAAACGGAUUUGUACUGAAUUUAUGUUGACAGCUCCGUUAAAAAAUCUUAGUACUGUUUGAUUUUUAGGUCAGUUUUGGAGUUUGCUGCUGUUGUUUAUGAACCGUGAUAUAUUGCGAGCAAUAAGAGCCAGAUCGAUAGAGUGCAACACAUGUUUCUUAAUUUUACUGCGUAUUUUCUGCAAAUUCACAAUAAACUCAUAAGCCUCUUGACAACGAGCACGUAAUUCUAAGACUAAGUCUGUAGUCCUUAGAGGAUAUCUGAUAUAACCAGACAUUCUUAUAAAAGCUGAUCGAUGGGUUUUUCGUCUUGAAUUACUUUAUACUUGGUCGAGUUAAUUUCAAAGUCGUCCGUAUUCUUUUUGUAUACUACUUUGUACCAUAGUUAAUCAAUUACUCCUGUAACCGACGAAUUUUGAUUAUUGCCGAUCGAUUUUAAUAAAAAUGUAUUGUUUACUAUCUAAAGUGAUUAAUAUAAUUGACAAAUUAUCACUUGUUUCAUAGCGUUCAUUCAAAGAAAAUAUCCCAAUAUAUUUCCCAAAUUGAUAGCUUUUUAUAAACAAAAAUGUUUUGUGAAGUAUUUUGACAUCGAAAUAAAUGUAUCAUACAAAAUAGAUAUUAUACGUGUAAUUCGUUCCACGCCAAAUGUGGUUUGAAAACCGAAAAAUUAAAACAAUUAACGGAGUUUGGAAUUUAAAAAAAUGCAAAUCUGGUCAGAAUGAAACCAAAAGACAUUUUCACCAGCAUUAUAACAUUAUUCAAAGUAUUUUAAUUUAUGAUAAUUUUGCAUACUACAAAAAAAAAAAAGAAUCGUACGCUUGUCAGAAAAAUAUCUUCAGCGGUUUGAUUGACGGAUAAACGCAAUAGUACGAUAAUAUAGUAUAUAUAAUAUUCACGAACCUUGAACCUUUAUAUUAUAUAAAGUUUGGACAGGAAAAAAAACUUCACAAAACUGUCCGUCAGAAUGUCAAUAAUACACAAAUCCGUUUCACACAUAAAGUUCACUAAUGAAUGGCUUCCGCGGCAUCGCGGUUAUGACGAGGGGUUACGCGUUUUCAGACAAACGUUACGCCGUUACGCGUGUAUUGAAUACAACAUAUAUCCGCAAACUGUAAUAACCGCGAAACUUGUUAUAAUAAUAUCGAUCGUGUGGUACAUUGAAAUAAUCAUGGGCGUAUUAUGGCAAUAGUAUUAUAUGGACUGCGUUCAAGCCGUUAUCUUAUCGGUCGUAAUUAUGCUCGGGACACGGUAUCAGGGUCGUACCGAAUAAAAGGAGAAGGGACAAAGAGGGCAUCUUUCUCUGGGCGCCGGAAGCGCCACAAAUUUACGGGGCACGAAUUUUAAAUUGAUAUUAAGUUUAGACACCAAUAACAUCACGGCAGCAAAAGUAAAACACAGCAUGAAUAAAAUAACAACAAACAUAGUAUAUUUGUCUAGAUGUUGCCUAAUAAACAAUUCAGGAAUUUUUUUUUAUUUGCUAUAAUUCCCAACCUCUUGUAGCAAUAAUCGUGUUUUGACGCUGUAAACAGUUUACUGAUUAAUUUUACGGUCACCUUUAUAAUAUGCAUUCCGGUUGGUAAACGGUUAGCGAAAAAUUGCGUACAUUUGGUUACUGAAACAUUUGAUUUUAAUAACACAAAAAAAUCUAAAAAAAAAUUAUGAUUGAAAAAUGGAUUAAUAAUUUUUUUUUUUCUCGUCAUGUUUUUCAUAAUAGUACUAUUACUAUCCAUAACCUAUCGCUGAUUUAUUAUACUCCCUUAAACAUAGCUCGUUAUAUACAGAAACCUAUUUGUAAAUAUGAGUUUCUCAAUUAAAAGUUCUCCCCGAUAUUUUCAACGACGAUAAAGGACAUUAUAAUAUCUAAUGAUAGUUAUGUUAAUAACAAUAUCAUGGAUAUCAUGAAAACCUAAUUGACAUCAGCAAAAUCAUACUACAUAAGUUCAAUAAUUCGGAAUGAGCAUUUCAGUAUAAAAGCUAGUGUCAAAGAGUGAACUAUGAAAAACACUGCAUAUAAUUUCCACGCUCUUUGCCGUAUAGAUUUUACAAUUUAUUUUAUUUUCUAUUUGUUAUUAUUCAUCUGUUCAUCGCACAAUUCAAACGUAUUUACUAUAUUCCAAUUGGUAACCAAAUAAAAAUACCAAUUCGAAAUGGACGGUUACCAAAUUAACCAAACUGUUUACUAGAAAAAGUACCUAAGUGGGUUUCAAUAACCAACCAGCUAAAACGUUAUCGGUAAACAGUUUACUGGCGGUUACAACGUAAAAAUAUCACGCCUAAUGUUAUUACGUCUCAAUGUAAUGUAGACUGGAGGUGAGAAACACGCAGUCCAAAAUGAUAUUAUGUUAAUAAUCUAGGUACGUCUAUAAAAAUAAUUAUUCGUAUUUUUAUAGCAAAUUCGACGUAGAAAAAAAUUAUAAUAUUAUGUUAAGCGUUCGUAGAAUUGUACAGAACUAUCAGUUUAUUAUUUUACAAAUUAAGUUACUGACAAAGUUUAGGUACCUAUGCAUUUACCUUUAAACUUUCCGGUUAGAAAUAUAAGACGUAAAAAAAAAAAAAAAAAACACCACUUCAGUUUAUUUCGUGCGUAUAGAAUAUUUGAAUAAAGAAGAAAAAAAAACAUAAAUAACACUUUUUAUGAGACAUUUUUCAAGUUGUUUAUCUAUUAUAUUGUAGAUAUUUUUACAAGCGACAUAUUUAGAGGCUUUUGUAUAUUUUUGUUUUCAUUAUUAUUUAGAACUAAAUGAAAUAUUAAAAUGUUAAAUUAUUUUUUAUAUUUACAUUUUACGUGUGCAUUCAAUUAUAAAAAAUAUAAUACAUAUGUAUACAUAUAUAUAUAAAUAUAUAAACCUAAAACCUACUUGUUUAAUAAUACAUCAAACAGUUUAUUAAAGCUGUUACGAAUAGCUUAUUAUGUUUAACAUGAAACUACUACACAUUAUUUUACUAUCAUAGUUGUAUAUUAUAUUUUCUGUUCGUUAUAUUUUCAAGUACAUCCGAACGUUUUGCACGCAUAUUCAUUUAUUUGUUUAAAACGAAGUCGAAUUUUUUGACCAUGUACACACUUUUAUUUUUGUUUUAAUUAAUCCAGAAACCGAACGCGUAAACAUUUUUCGUGGUUUCGAACGGAAUUUUCAAAAAUGCCGGUUAAAAUGCCUUAACCGGUUUCGGUUAAGGUUUUUUUACUAAUAAUGAUUAAUGAUUAAUAGAAUUAGUUAAACAAUUUUUUUUCGACGUUAUUGAAUUAAUCUGUGAUAAUACUGUAGUUAUACAGUACCUAUUUAUUAAAGAAGAUUUCGGAUCAUAAAGUGGAUUUUCAUUAUCGUUGGUGGGAAAACUGCCGAUAACUCCUAUCUAGAAUCACUGGUUUGGACAAUGAAUUGACUUUUUGACAGUUGAUUUGUUAAUUUUACAAUGCCUAAUUAUUAAUUAUAUUAUACGAAUGUAUAACCGUUUUCAACAUCGUUCGAUACAGCCUGGCGGUAACUAUAAUAUUUAAAUGGAUUUUUUCCUUCCUUGAAAACUUUCUAUAGUAAAACAUUAGGAUAACCGUUUUAAAAGUACCCGUGUAAUUUCUAUGUAAAUAAAACGGUCUUGUAAUAUUGCUAUACCAAAUAAAUUAAAAACGUGUACCUAUACUGCUUGUAGGAUGCGUCUAUCGCACACGUCAAGUCGAAAUAAUUGCAUAUUAUAAUGUUGUAUAAAUAUUCAUCGCGAUACAUAGUUACCCGGAUAUCGUUUUAAUAUUGUAAGAUGAAUGACGUAAAAAGAAAACAAAAACGAAUAUAUUGUGUUUUUUAAAACAAAAAACUGUAAAAAAGGUAAAAAUCUGUCACACAAAAGUCACAUAGUAACAAAAUAACAAUACGUAUGAUUUAUUCCUACGACAUGCUCUUUUUAUCAGUCUGUUAUCAAUAAUAAUUUGAUCAUUUGGAUCCAUUUAAUAGUCUAAUUAAAAAUACAACAAAAUUUUUUUCGACGAUCAUAUUAUGUAUCAAAAUAUAAACUAAUAUUUGAUUAUUAACAAAUAAGAGUUAUGUAUUAUUUUUAACAAUACAAUUAGUAUUUAAAUGCUUAAAAUGUAAAAUAUAUAAAGUUUUGAAGUAAUUUUACAUCAUAUUUAACUGUAAAUUUGUGUUUGUUUGGAUCCAAUCAUACUCGAUAUAAGGAUUUUUUUAUAAUAUGACAUUACACUAUUCAAACUAUUCUAACUCAGUAAAUUGUUCGGAGCCUCUACGUCGAUUCCGGUCUUGCGGAUGAAACGAUAAGAGAACUUUAUUUUUUUUAUUUUAUAACAAAAAUUUCGCUAAAAACGUGUUACCACAUAUUUUUACGUUGGCUACCUUACUACUUUGUAUACGAAAUUGCCAACAUCUUCACGUACAAAGAAAAAAAAAACAAGAUAAAUAUUUUACUUAUUCAUUCAUUCGGUGGUAACGGCGGUGCACGAGUGCGCAAGGGUGCGGGAAUUCCCAUCGCAUCGUCAGGACACUCCAAAACACUGCCGUCGGAGGGUUAUGUGCAGACCGGAUGCUGUAUAUAUGCCUAUAAAGGCGGCGUUUGAAUUGAAAAAAAAAACAAUAGUAGGGGAAAGUAUAUUGUUUCAGAAAAGAAUUACGGUUUCAAAAACUCGACUUUUACCCCGGCAGCGCAGUGGCACGGCGUACCGAUACAUAGCCCGGAGAUACGAUGCAACAACCCGCCGUCACAACCCACAUAAUUAUACGUCCUUAUAUAAAAUAAUAAUGAAGUACAUAAUGUGUGUAGGGAUGCUGCGUGCGUCCCAUUAUAUCCUUUUUUGAUGUAAAUUGCGGCCCGGGUAAUUUGGGGUGUAGAUGUGCCUAUAUACAAAAAAUGCGAAAUCGUACAACCCGUAUAUCAUUUUCAUUAACAUAUAUAUAUAUAUACAAAAAUUAUAAAGAGAAUCCGGUCGAAAUUAUAUGUUUCUUUAGCUCUUGAUACAUUUCAUGAAAUUGUCUUUAGCGCAAUAAAGUUAUUUGUUCCUAAAUCGCAUAUUGGUAAUAGCUCUUUCCCUAAGUGGUAUAUCAAAAAAUUAAAAAUUAUGAUUUUUGUUGAAAAGAAACGUCUCCAUAAAUAGUUUAAAUGUUCAAAUUAUCGCAAAUAUUUUAUGGAGUUUUCUAAACUACGCGCUUUAUGUAAAAUGAAAUCUAAGUUAAAUAAUAAUUCCUAAAUUAAUGAUAUUCAAUCUUAUUUAUCACAUAUAACCCUAAGUCUUUCUUGAGUUACAUUAAAACUUAAAAAACAAUAAUAAUAUUCAAUCUGUUAUUGAACUUGAUAAUAUUAGUAAAUCAAACGAUCCUGAUAUAUCUGAAUUGUUCAAAGAGUACUUUAGAUCGGUUUAUACAAAAGAUUUAAAUAAUUCUAUGUCCCGAUUGACUAACAUAGUAGAUUUAUCUAAUAUGCAGUUUUUCUCUGUCGGAAAUAUUCUUAGGGUUUAAUGGUUUAAACUCUAAUUGUUAUCCUGGUCCUAAUAAAGUACCAGAAAAUAUUCUUAAAUCAUAUAAAUACGCUUCAUCAAUCCCAAUUCGUAUUCUUUUUAACUGGCCCCUUUCUAAUGGAAUAAACCCUUCACUUUGGAAGUUAAAUCCGGCUCAAAAAAUUUAAUAUCUAAUUUUAGACUCCAGAAUCUCCAAACUUUCUUCAUUAUCAUAAUUUCUCGAAAAACUUUUAGAGUCCAUUUUAUCUCAACCUUUCAAGUAUCUAAUUUGUUCAAAUCAACAUGGCAUUAGACCAGGUUGGUCUACCGAAACUAAUCUACUAUGCUUUUACUCUGAUAUACUUGAACCUAUUAAGAAAGGUCUUCAAGUUGAUAUCAUUUAUACUGACUUUCUUAAAGCGUUUGAUUUAAUAAAUCACCGAAUCCUUCUUAUUAAGUUAAAAAAAUUGGCUUUUUUGGCAACUUAUUAAAUUGGUUUGAAUCGUAUUUACUUGAUCGUCGUUAGCAACUAAUAGUCAAUGGUUAUUUAUCGUCUAAUUACGAAAUAACAUCCGGUGUCUCACAAGGUCGACAUUCAUUCCCGUUGCUGUUUUUAAUAUUUUUGUUUGAUAUCGGUUCGAUAUUCGAUUAAUGUAUCGCAAAUAAAUUAAAGCUCAACGUCUCAAAAUGUUCUAAAAUCUCGUUCUGUCGAAUAAAAAAUAAAGUAAAUUUUAACUAUGCAAUUAGUAAUAUUCUACUACCCAAUGUUACUAUGAUCUAUGAUCUUGGUAUUACAUUUAAAUUUGACCUUAUAUUUUCUACUUACAUUGACUAAAUUUAUUUAAAAAUCAUAAAACACUAGGAUUCUUAAUUAGAUCUACCUCAUCUUUUACUGAUAUUUAUUGUUUAAAUACCCUAUACUGUUCUCUGGUUCGUUCUAUAUUAGAAUACAAGUCUAUUGUAUGAUGUCCAUUCUCGUCCAGCCAUAUUAAUAAAAUUAAAAGGGUACAAAAAAGAUUUUUGCGCUUCUUUGGUUUUAAAUUAAUAUCAAAUAAUGAAAAUUACUAGAGUAUAAAUGAUAUUCAAAAUAUUCUUAAUCUUAAUCUGUUAUCUACUCGUCGUACAAAAGCUGAUAUAUCAAUCCUUGCUAAACUAAUUAAUGGCAAAAUUAUUUGUUCCUCUCUUUUGGAACGUAUUUCUUUUAAUGUUUCCCAAUAUUACUCAUGAUCAUGUCUUACUUUCUAUAACAAAACCCACAGUACUAAUUAUGGGUAUUAAAUCCCAUUGAAAGAAUACUGAGGCUGGGAAAUGAAUCUGGACUUAAAUUCUUUAAUCUUUAAUUUUUUAAUAUUUUGAGUAUAACUGGCUUUUUGAUUUUAAUAUAUAUAUUAAGUAUUUAAUUGCAUUUAACUAAUCAUAUAUUUUAUAUUUAAUGCUGUCAUGGUCUAUAUUACAUGUUUAUUGUUGCUUAUUAUAAUAUAAUAUGUUACUAUUCUGAUGUAUAUUAUUCCUUACUCAAACCAACUUUGGCGUUUAUUUAAAUAAAUAGAUAUUGUUUUACAUAUAAAUAUUAUGUAUUCUACAAAAAACUAAAAAAUACAAAUAUUUAACAUUGCAAGGCGAAACGUUCAGCUAUUGAAAAUGCCGUUAAAUAAAAUUGAUUAUUGUUUGUAACACACAAUUUUGACUUCCACGCCGAUCAGUUCUAAUCGAUUUACUCGUACUAAAAACAAUACCUUCGUCGAUUGAAAUAAAUAUAUCUAAUACGGAGACCUUUCCAGUUAUUCGUCGUGUGCUUUUAACCACGUAAUACUUACCUCGUAUUUAAUCAUGAUAAAGAAUAUAUUAUAUUAUAUAACACGGCUGCAAUUCAACAUAACCGAAAUGUUUAAAGACAUAAUAUGAAAUGUAAUUUAGAUUCAGAGCGUGACAAUCGAUCUAUUGGUUUAACUAUGAUGAAUGUGGUUUACAUUAGAAGCGUGGCGAGGAAUCUACUAGUUUAACUAUAAUUCGUGUAUUUUUUUUCUGAAAGAUAAUUUUCUCUUGUUGGCACGUUAGGGAGGUCAUUUAUUAAUUUUUCAACGGGUGAUCAUAAUAAUUAAGAAAAACUGGAAAAAAAGUACAGGAUUUUCCGAAUUGUGUUUUCUACCAAAAAUCUAUCAGUUAACCACAAAAUACCUUUUUUAUUGAAAUUUUAAUCUUGUUGGUGAAUGAGUAAGAUGUUUUUAUUUUUAAAGCGGUUUCGAUAAUAAUUCGGUAAACAAUUAUUAUAGAGAUCUGAAAAUUGUACGGAAUAAUUAUAUUACAUAUUUACUUUAUAAUAUUUUUAAACAUUUUGGCGAUUUUUUUAACUAUUUAUAGGCAUUUUAUAUUUGCUACUUUUUUACGUAGUAUCUAAGUAAAUAUAAUGGUUUGCCCUAACGUAAAUAUUUAAAAAUUUAACAGAUGCAUUAUAUGUAGUACUUAGUGAGCAAAAAAAAAAGAAAAAAAAGAGUGUAAUGUAUUAGUUUUAUUUUAUAAUAAUUUUAUGUUUAAAUUUUAACAAAAAUUGUAAAAAUUACGGCAUUUCAAAACUCGCAUCUGAAAGUCACUCAGAAUCGUUUUUCAUAAGCAAUGUGGUAUAUCGUUUUUUUUAGAUAUAAAUAAAUCUCUUUUAUGUAUCCUGCCUUCCUAACUUCAUAUCUACAACAUGCCCCUAGUAUGAACUCUUUUUUUUUUUUUUUUUUUAAAUAUAUUUAUUAUUAUCUAUAUUUCAUUAACUAUAAAGUAUUAUAAUUUAUGAUAAUAAUAUAUUAAACUAAAAUAAAAUUAAUUUUUCAUGUUCUGAAUUUGAAAAAAAAAAUAAAUAAAUAAACAUAAUUUAUAAAUUUGAUUUAUUCUUACAUACCAACAUAAUUUUACCUAUAUUUUCUCAUACCAACGUAAUUCGUCCUGUAUUCUGAAUACAGCGAAAAGAAAAUAGUUUUACCAAAAUGUUUUUUUCUCUUCGGAAAGAACUUAUUUGAUUAGUAAAAAUGAUUAUUUUUGACGCCAUGUCUUAAAAGAAGAGGAUUAUUCACAUUAGAUUUUCGAGUUUCUCUAAUAGUUUUUCUAACAAAAUAGAAAAUUAACAAUAAAUGACAAAACAUGGGUUUUAUUAUUUUUUUUUUUUUUUUGGGUUAACUUGGGUACAAUUGAAAAAAAAACACGAUUAAUAACAUACAACAUGUUAUAUUUUUAUCAUUAAUCUGAUUUAGAUGAAUGAGAAAUAAAUUGUCUGAGAUAAAUUAUUUAAUCUUAUAGAUCAGAGGUUCCCACCAAACUUUUUAUUGUACGACCCAUUUUGGGAAAUUUUUAAAAUUUGGCGACCCACAAUAUCAAUGAAUGACUUUUUUUUGCUGACAUUUAUCACCUCGAUUCAUCCAUAUGUAACGUACAAAAACAAUCAUCUGAGAUAAGCCUUGCAUAUCUGUGGACUCAUCUAGUUGUAAUGAAAACCAUGUACUCAAAUUAACUCUUUCGAUCAAUUUAUAACUGUCGGUUUCUACCCAUUCAGAAAUUUCGUCGAUUCCACGUGGAACUAUAUUAUUUGAAAGCGAUAACUUUUCAACUUCUUUUAAACUAUUUUGAUCAAACAUUGAUCCCGACUGCGUCUUUUAUUGAUGGUAAAAUUAAAAACUCACCAAUUGUGCGAGGCUUACCAGUUUGAGCAAUUUAUAAGAAAACUUAUUUUAAAUUAGGCGUACGUAGCUUUUUGGUUCAUUGCAGUAAAAUUAAAAAUAUUAUUUUUUGAUGUUUUUAGAGAUUCUAGUUUUCUUCCAUAAAAAUCGAGUGGUUUAUUCUUCAUUUCUGGAUGGUUCGUAUCUACAUGUCGAUGUAGUUUGUUUGGUCGCAUACUCUCAUUAGCAAGUAUACAUCCACAAAUAACACAUUGUGGACGUGGGUGUUCUUCGUCUCCAUUCCACGAAAAUCCAAACUGUUGACGCAGAUAUUGUUUCUGUUUUUUCUUAACUUUGAGUCAUUGAUUAUUUGUUUAACCAUUUGUCCAUAGUUGUACAAAAGUACAAAGAAAACAAAUUUAUUUGAGAAAAAAUAAUAUUAAAUAUACAACUGCGUACAUGUAUCGUAUUCAAUGUACCGCGUGUAACUGAAAGUAAUCAAAAGUUUUGAACGUCGUGCAGAUACCUACUAAUUUGUAUGUUCUGAUAAAUCAUUAUCUUUUCAAUAACUAGUAAUCUAAUUGCGUCUUUUUGACUCGGUCGCUGUAAACUCGUAAUCGUCACACUCACAGAUAACGAUUGACGAUAAAACUGAAUUUUAACAACAAUGAAAAGUAAUAGAUGUUUAAAAAAUGUAAUAUUUGAAAAUAUAACGCGACACACCGAAAAUAUAAUCGCAACCCACUUUUGGGUCGCUACCCACAGUUUGGGAACCUCUGUUAUAGAUAAACUUGUUUUAAAUCGUACUAUAAUAUACGAGUAUAUAGUACAUUUAUUAUAAAUAACAAGUGAAAUAUUGAUUUUAUAUUUAUAUGGUGCAACAAACUAAUUAUUAAAUUGUAUCAAUUACACAACCUUUUUAAAAUGUAUUUGUGUACCGGAUUCCGUGAACUUUUUAAUAUACUUUUAGCACUUAAGUUUAUAAUAAAAUGAAUUAAAGUUGAAUACAAUUGGAAAUCUUUCUCUUUUCUAGAUAAUUCUGUUGUUCUGUACCAUUUAGUUCAUAAUGUUGUUUUUAAAUGUAUCUUUAUACAAUAUUUGCUUUUACAUAAAUACCGAUACUUGGUCCAACAGUGAAUUAUAAACCAGUAGCAAUGCGAACAGUAACAUUAUAUUAAUAUUUUAAUAUAUUACUGCAUAUAACCUUACCAAGCUACGUUCAGAAUCGUGUUUGUAUUGCAUUUUUAUUGUGUCAUCUAAAUUGUCUUAUACAUUAUUCACUUUCCAAAUACUUACUACCAACAAUUGACGGUGAAGCCUACCCGUAGUAUGGUGUAUGUUCGGCUUUUAUGGCUCGUUUGUACACUCAUACGCUACUGGAAUUGAAAACAGACAGUUAAUCAUUUGGCUAAUAACACAGCCCGAAAUACGGCAAACGGGUUAUUUUUUCGACUAGGAGUAAAUCGGUGAAAGAGCUGACGGAAGUACUUUCGGCACAGGUCGACGGAAAUAAUGUCGGAAGUAUUUCCGGUGCGGGAUACCGGUACACCGGAUACAACUUCCCUCCUCACACGACACACCACCGUUACAAUUUUCUUAUCAACCCGAUUCAAGAUGUUUACGCGUAACUAUCUUAAGUAUCCUGACCGUGGCUCACACAGUUUUUUUUUUUUUUUUUACGUUAAACCACGUGCUCGAGUAGUAUCGACAAUUUAUUAUUUCCGGGUAAAUAAACUAUAAUGUUAUUACUAUUCGCUACAGGAUAUAAUAUAAUGGAAUAAUAUAUUAUUUUAAAUAAAAUAUUUACAAAAAAAAAUUAUAAUAAUAAUAAUAAAAUAAACUGUCGUACGACAAUAUCGAUGCGGAAAAUAAUAUAGUGUAGCAAACACAAUUCGCACACUAUUAUUAUAGUAAUAUUUAGUAUAUGUAUUAUUGUAAUGGUUUCUACGGCGGACCCGCGUUAAAAAAAAAAAAAGAAAAAAAACACUGACGGGUACUUUUUAUAAUAAAAUGAAAUAUAUACGCGCCGUUUGAAAACGCAUAUUCAUAUUCUGUUAUUAUUAUACGUCACGGUGCAUCUUGUUUUAAAAUAAUAAUUCCCCCGUCCGUUCGGAUCGGGAACAAAUUGAAUUUCAUUCUACAGCAGCGCAUUGUGUACACAAAAUAUUCAAUAUUUCUGAAACAAGCCAAUAAUAAUAAUGAAAAAAUGUAAAUAAAUAAAAACAAGAAAAAACGAAAACAAUUUGUUCAAACUUAAACGUAGGUAAUCUCCGUCAUUUUGAAUAAUAUUACGGAGAAGUUUAAUAACGAAAAAAAAAAAAAAAAGCAGUUUUGAAUUAUUAUACGGUGAUAUAAAUGGUUUAGCGGAACUCGAGUAAAUAAUAUGUACAUCGUUAUAUCGAAAUUCGAAUCUGAAUUUUACGAAACGGUAUUUAAAAAUAAGAAUAUUAUUUUGUGCGUUUAUUUUCAACCUAAUUGAUUGGCUUCUUACGUUAAUGAUACAUCGAUUGAUUAAUACAUAAAUAGUAUUAAUAAAAUGUGAUUGAACGGUACUUUGUUGCAUUUAGAAAUCCCGCGGUAAAAUAAAGCGGUAAAACCUAUAUUGAUGUUAUUUCGAUGUGAUAUUUUUUAGUAUAGGCUUUUUGCAAUAAAAUGUGAUGAGCGUGUUGAUCUAAAAAUGAUAUGCUUUUUCUAAAAAAAUUACGGUACAGAAAGUUACAGCUACUAAAAAAACAAAGAAACCAAAUACUAACACGGCUGUAAUUUUAUUUAUUUGACAAUAUUUAUAGAAACUCAAGCAAUGUGCUCUCGAAUAUAAUUUCCACCUUCAAAUUUUUAUACGUUAAACCCUAAAUUUAAACCUAAACGUCACCAUAUGUAAUAUGUUCUGUUUCCCCUUUUCUCGUUAGUUAGACUGUGAUAAUUGAAACGAUUGUGACCUCCGUUUAAUAGAAUAUCAUUUGAGAGGCAAUGGGCUCCUGAGAUUAUUGGAAGAUUGGUAGUUAUUUGAUUUCCAUACAAAAAUGUUUAGUUUGUAUUUCCAACUUAUUCUAGUAAAGGACAUAAAUAAUUAUAAUUCGUUUUUAAAAUUGAAAUUUUUCAAUUGAAAUCUCUACAGUUUUAUCUGGCGUUUCGAUCUCUAGCGUCAUAUUCGUCCGUAAAAACGGUCAUACCAUUUUUCCUUAAAUUAGUAUCAGUUUUGAGGUUAAUGGAAAUGUCUUACUAUUAAGGUAGAGUCGUUGAAGUGUGAAAUGUAAAAGUGUAAACGUUACAAAUGCGGAGAAAAUUUGGAAAACUCCAAAUUAAUACAACCAAAUUGAAACAAAUGACUAAAAUAGUGACAAAAUUAAUAUUAUUAUCACGGUCGCGAUGGGUAUACAACAAAUUUGAUUGUUAUUUUAUUGAUAUAAAAUCUUAUGGACACUAUUAUAUUAUGUUUGACGUAGCCAUACUAUUAACAUACUAUGACCAACGAUGCGUCAGUCAAACGUCGAAAUUUCGAAAAAGAUAAUCGGGACUGCUAUUGUUAUUAGCUAUGUAACAACUAUCGUACAAGAUUAAGUAAAAACCAAUUUAUGAAUCAAAAACUCGUCUACCUAACGUCUAGUGGUUAAACAAUAAGCAAAUAUCCGUUGGACUGAAUAAAUACAUUAGCUAUAAAAAAAAAUAUAAGAAACAAAUACCUAUACUUUCGACAAAUUAUCGAGGUGAAACUUGACCGGGAAUUCAGUGAAUUCAGCGGGUUGAAUGACUUACUUAUAUAAUUUAAACAGUCAUAAAUAGAUACGAAAUGAAAACAUUUUUUCAUCUCCUUCUCUUAACAUGGCUGCUCUCUGAUAUUUUUGGAAAACACUAGAAUUUCUCGACAUCCAUUCCAUUUCUAUCUUGUAUCAUUUCCUUCUAAUUUCCCAUAACCAACGCUCCCAAAUCGUCAUUGUCUUUAUAUUUGUAUGGGUCUGUCACACGGAUGAUUUUUCUUGAGUAUUCCAUUCAAAUGCUGCUCGUUUAGUGACUUACGUAUAUUAUUUAAUGCAUAAUAUGAUUUAUAAACUAACCAUUGAAUCGUUUAGCUUUUAAUACAACUACUCAGCUUGAUAAGCUUGUGUGAUUCUUUGUUUUCAUAAUAUCCCCUUCAUCAAUUGCGUAAAUUUACGCCAAGAACUUUUUUGGGUUAUAGUGUUUUGAAAAUGUCAAUCGAGUUCGAACAUUACCUACGUUAGCACUGAACUGAACGUGCAUCAAACUACGAUGAGCAUACAGUGAAAUAUAAUAUCCUUACACUGUACAACACUGUUAGUCUAUUACAGGAUUGGAAUGGUUUCAUUUUAAUUUCGGAAAUAAGGUAAAUACUGGGUGUUGUGCCGGAGGUUUAUUUGUUUUACCCAUGUCUUCCGUUGAUUAAUUAUGCUCCGCUACAACUACUGUUGUGACUACCUCCGAACUCAGAAUGUUAAUUCAACCGUCACGAAACAAUCAAAAUAUUACGUUUUUCUCUUUUAUACAAUCUUACGCGUACAUAAAACUUGUAUAAAAUGUUAAUAAUAAUUUAUAUUAUAUUAUAUUAUUUAUUUGUGCUAUUCUGUUUCUUAAAUCCGGUCUCUAUUUUUCUAUUCUUUUCUCCAUCUAUCAAUUCUCAUACGCAAAUAAUUAUCGACAAUUUCCGGUAAACAAUUAAUCUUUGCUAAACAAAAAACUACCUACGAGAAGAAAACAUCUGGAAUGGAAUAAUAACAUACUGCACCCGGUUUUGGGUCCGUCGAUCAUUAUGCUUUACACAAUAGUUACGUAUCGACAAAUCGACAAACUAGUGCGUUAUCAAUUCGUAAUAUCGUAUUUGGCCAUUCAAGCCUUCGACCACCAUGCGCUCAUUUAUACUGGAUUUUUAAUCGAAUAGAAAAAAUGUACAAUAUUUAUCGAAAAAUGAAUUCAAAAAUAUACUCUGAUUUGUAAUGCAAAACCACGUCGAAUAGGUCGCAGAAGAAAAAACAAGAAAAAAUAUACACAUCAUAGUAAAACCAAUUUGAUUCGCUAUGAAUCUGAAAAACGCAAAAAGGUGUGCCUUUACCAUCGUAAUCUAAGCUGUUACCAUGGAACAAACGGUUUUGGUAACAACGUUAAUAAGUAUACAUAUUUCAAAAAUCAAUUAUAUAACGGAUGAAGUAUAUUUGAUCUGAAAACGGGUACAGUAUUUUAAGUUGUUAAUAUGCAACCGAGAGACUACUUUAUAUAGUGUUUGUGAUAUCUGAAGAGAUCCACGACUACGAGAAACUUUGUUAGACUUAUUAAUGGAUAUCAUAAAAUUGACAACUACUUGGUAUUAAAUUUCUUUAGUUCGUUUUAUAUGGAAACCCAGCUUUAAACUAUUAUUGAACACCUAUGGACAGAUGAGUCUGUGUUUAAAGUUUCAGAUCUCUGUGUGUAAUAAACUUUGUCCAAACCGAUGAUUGCAAUUUGUCUACUAGGUCAUAAAAUUGACUCCAAUCUCAACAAAAACCCAAUCCCGUCGUUGGAAUUGGAUUUUUGGAUCAGGAUAGAACUACAAAGUUACAUAAUAUAUAAUAUGUACCUACACCUAAUCAAAUAGUGGCAAUCGUAAGACAGUAGUAAGUUUCCAGCAGUUGAAUUCGAAUAACAGACUUCAUUACAACACUAUUCAAUUCGUUGUCGAAAACCGGAGGACGUGAUACAGAAUUCGGUGCACGUAAAAAUGCACAAAACGAAAGUCGAGUAUUGAAAACUUGGUUUUUUUGGGGGGGAAUGGGGCAAUAUGGCACGUACUCCCCUGUGCAGUCAAUGUUAACACGUACUGCGGGUCGCUAUUUGAUCUAUUGCACUUGAAAAUUGCCUCUCAUCCACCACUUGAUACUUCUAUCACGGUUAUGGGUGAAAGUAGUAGAAAAGUAUGCUACUAAUGGACAGUCAGAUCCGCGGUCGUUUUGGUUAUCCAUUCUAUCCAAUGUCCUCGAUUCCUUAUGUCCACUGUUUAGCUUUCGCAACAUAUAGAUAGUACUGUUAUGUCGAGUGACAUAACUUCACAAUUUUGACACGUGAGUGAAAUUUUCAAAAGUCCCACCCUCAUUCGGGCAUAUAAAAGGAGGUCUGAGAGGGAGGGCAUGUCCCUUACUGAAAUUAUUCUAUAGGUUUUUUAAAAAUUUAAUUGCAUGUUUUAUUAAGUACACGACAUAUCAUUGUUCAUAAAUGAAAAAUAAAACCAAACGUUUAACGAUUAACAAUAAAACUUUAUAAUAGUCAUAUUGUUUUCAUCGUAUCAGUACCAUACUCAUGAACAUUAUUUUGAUAACAAUAAUAUAAAAUAAUAACUUUGAAUUAUUUAUAAACCUAAUAGGUAAUUUAAUAGUAUAUUAUCAAAAUAAAAACACUGUAUUACUUCGAGCCCCUUAAGCGAACAGGCCUAGAUACAAUCGCACCCUCUGAUCACUCUUAGUUACGCCACUGGUUUCGCCCUCGGCAUAGCGAAUAGUCACAACUCUAGUUUUAGAUAGUAAUAAUUAAAUGAUAAAGUUCGAUUAUUAUAAACUCGACCACGAUAAGUCCCUAUUAGGCACGAGGAAAACCGUUUUCUGUAACGGCGACCACAACCUUUCGUUGGUAGGCAAGGGGGAGAGUAUAAAGUAGUCCCCAAAGACUAUUAUAAAUAAACCACAAUAGUACGGACUAAGAUAGAAUGGACUGGACAUAACUGGGUAGACAGAUAACGAGGGGUCGGACCGUUGGAAUAUUAAUUUCCUCUUUACGAAAAUGACGACCAAUUAGUUUUAACACUACCGAUGGUUCAUUUGGUGUCUCAAUUUAACCAUGAUAUUAUUUUUUUUCUUUCAAUCAUUAGAUAUUUAAAUAGAAUUUUAAAUUAUUAGUUUACAUUAAAACCCUUAAAUUUAUUCAUCUCUCGUACGAAAAUUUGGUGCCACUAAUAAACUGCUCGGUAGGUACUAGUCUAUUCCAUAUUAGUCGGUGCUCAAAAUCGAACAGUCAAGUUUUUGAUAAUGAAUUAUUAUAAAACAUAAAAUAUGAUCAAUAAUCGAUUAGGUUAAAAAUAAAUUAACGAUGAAUCCCGAAAUAAUUACUCUGAACAAAAAUUCUGGUUAUAUUGAAACCUAUGUCGGUUUCAAAACGAUAUCAUUUUUAAUUAAUUAGCUUACAAGACAUAUGUCAGACCAACCUAAUCUUACCUAACCUAACCAAGAAAAUAUAUAACAUAAUAACAUAGUUAAUGUAAGAAUUUAGAAAUUGUUAACAGCUGACAAGGUAAUCCUGUUACAAAUGGUUUUUUUAAAGUUUACUGUUUUUUUUUAUAUUUCAUUAAAUAUUUUGGACUAGUAUUUAGCAAUUCUGGGAAGGAGGGUAUUCAAAACAAGCCCACCGAUUUACGUUUUGUAUUUACUGUGUUCCCCACUACUCUGAACAUCUGCUCGAGUACAAGUUAAUUAUUCAACAUGUACGUGUCCCUCGACUCGAGUAUGGGUAUACACUAAACAUCUUAUCGCCGUACGACUCGGUUGUGUUCUCUCGUUACGACGCACAGUGUCAUCGCUAUCCGGAGCCCAGAAGCCGGUCCGUCGGGGUUUCUCUCCGGCACGUCCGUGUGUUGUACGUGAACAUCGGUCCGCUCACGUAUACGCUCGAUCGUGUUUAUACGAAAAACCUUAUUUUAAACCAUACCGAAAAUUAUACCAUCAAAAAAAAAAAAAAAUGCACAGUGAUGCAUUCUGGUUUUAUUUUCAGGAAGGAUAUAAUAAGUAGCCUUAAAAUUGUAUUUCAAUGUUGGGUGAGAGUGGUCUGUAGUUAUCGAAUAAACCCAUUUUAAUAUCGGAUCCUUUUCUACUGAUUUUAAUAUAAGGAUUGGUGCUUCGCGGCAAUAUUUUCUCCGUUUCUCAACUUGACCUAACCUAACCUACCUCAAUCUAUAUCACCGUAUCAUUUUACAGGUGGUCUGUACUUAGACGACAAUCCACUGCAAUGCGAUUGCGGACUUCUGUGGCUGGGCCAAUGGCUGCGCCGGUGGCUCCGGGAAGCGGUGGAGGUACACACGCUGGGCAUGGCCGAGACCCAGUUGGCUCAGUGGACGGUCCGUCGUGCCAUGUGCACGGACCCUAGGAACGGUGGCGCCCGGGUGCCUGUGGCCGAUAUCUACCCCGAGGACUUGCGGUGCAAGGCAAGCGCGUUGAGUGGCAGUGGCACCGGCAACACGGCCGCCAAGACGUCGCACCUAAUUGUCUGCCUGACCCGUUCACUGGCCGUUUUCUACUUAGCCACCGUCUGGUGCAACGUAUACUGAUUUACGUCACCACCGUAAAUAUUACCAAAACUUAUAACAAUAAUAAUAAUAAUAAUAAUAAUAUAUGCGAUAUUAUUACGCGUACCUUGAGAACUGCAUAAUAUUGUACCAUAAAAUAACGGUUUUUUAUGAAUACAUGCCGAUUUGUUUAUCAAUUUUCGUUCAUCCACCCACGGUAGUGUUUCCAGCCCGACCCUGUCGCCGUCAUCGCCGUACAAGGUAAAUGGUGUUAUUUGACGAUCCUUCGAAAAUGUUAACCGUUUUUCCGGUCAAACGAUUUCUUUCCCCUCUCCGGCUCUGCAAUUUAUUUCAGUGUCACUAGGUUGUCGUCACCGGUAUAAUUAUACGAGUAGUCACCCUCGACAAGACGUCAUCGUCGACACGAACCCGAACGCCCUUUCCGGUCAUAUCAUCCAAAUAAUCGUUUAUAGUGGAUUUUUCCCGGAAAUUCUCCGGGGAUGACCUUCUUUACCUAACACCCAAUACGCGCAACCGGUCAUCCGUUUCAUAAUCGAUUUGGAAAUAAUCCACGGAAUUUUGAUUAAUAAAAUAAUACAGUCCGUCGUGCCCGUAUAAAAUCUAUUAGUUUUCAACAUAUUUUCCAAAUAAUAAGCAUUCUAUUCUCGAGUACACCGAAUUUCCCGGACUAUUUUAAUACGAUUUUAAUCCGUAUAAGAAUUACGUUACCAAAUUCCACGCGAACGAUGGACCAUUUUUGAUUGCACGAUCAACUAUCGCGGUUGCACGAAACUAUAACCAUAUUUUCACUAAUAUAUUUUAUUUUUAUUUAAUUUAAUUUAACAUUAAAAACCAGUGAUUAUAAAGCGACAUACGCCGCAAAGUCGCAGUAUUUUAAUGAAAUACCGUUUUGUUUGUGUAGAGGAUAUUAACGUCAGUGUUCCUAUUCAAUAGCGAAAAGUCUUAUAAUCGGAAUAUUAGAUAAACCUGAACAUAUUGAUUCGGUGCAUAAACUAUAAUGUUAUAAUGUUUCCAAUACUUUACAUUUCCGAACAAU